CAGCAUCACUAGAAAUAAAGCAGAAAAUGAACAGUGGACUUUUUAAUAAAAAAAAAAAAUUGUCGAAAAAGAAACUGAUUCACCAGGUAAAGUGCUAAUUUCAAACAUUAUAUAUAUAUAGUUGAUCACGGUAGCAGCCACAAAUGUACAUUCAGCAGACUGUAAAGUUUCCAUCAGUAUUCAGUUCUAAGCCAGAGUGCGGGCAAAUACUGGGUAUUCGCAUGAUAGAUACACUCAAGACUCUAUUUGUUUAUAUGAAAUGUUUCUGAUAUUCCAAUCUAUAGACACUCUGUAACACAUCAACAACAUUACUAAACAAAAAUGUCAGAGGCCUUCUAGCUAUAUGUGUCAUUUUAAACUUGGGAGAUUAAUGCUGUGAAUAUGCAAAAGCAUAAAAAAUAUUGUGUGGAUAAUACUCUUUAUAGACUACAAACCCAGAGCCUGUACUUUAAAAGUUGAAAAAUACAACUUCAAUAUUGAUCAAAUAUUUUGCAUGAUAUGACAUCUCCUUAUCAUCCACUGUAAUUGAAAGCUCUAAAACAAAAUCUGUUUAGGACUAGGGGUUAACAGUCUUCAGCAUGCCGGAUGUUGUGGGCUACUUUGUUGCUCUGUGUACUUUGUUGUUGUGUGUGCUACUUUGCCUUGCUGUUAGAGCAUUAUGGGAGAUGUAGUCCAUGCAGGGCUAUUGCAAGCAUUUUUGACGACACAGGCAGGGGUGGACCGACCGCUCACAGGGCCCUCGGGCAGUGGGUAAUCAAGGCUCCCCCUCCUGUUACAGGGUUUUUUGGUCCCCUGCUACUCUUCCCCCCCCCUCCUUUCUGCUGCUUUCACACAGAUAUUAUGUGUAGGCUGCCCAGCACACAGAAUGGCUGUGUGUGAGCCACAAACCCCUGACUCCCACACCCGCAGAGCCCACCAAAAUGGCCAGAUUUACAUUUAAGGGGUUAAUCCAACCAAAAACAGUGUUUUAAUAAACACUGGUUUUAGAUGGAGUAACCCUUGCUGGCAUGCCUCCCCAGCAAUUAAAAUAAAGAAAGGGAGCAAAUUUUAUUACACGCUUCCACUGUUUUUGCUGAUGACAUCACAAGCAGCAUCCCCCACAUGUGCAACCAUACAUGUGUUUGGAAUCUACUUGUGGGGUUGUGUGUGUGGGGAUGCUGCUAGGGAUGUUGUGUUCCUGUAUGUCAAAGUGUUGUGUUAAAAUUAAUAAUUUGUCUUGUUUUACCUAUUGUACAGCACUGCAGAAUAUGUUGGCACUAUAUAAGUGAUUGUAAUAAUUGUGUGUGUGUAGGCUGUAUGCAAUAUUUAAAUGGUGGGUAUGCUGUUUGUUAUGUGUAUGUGUAGGGAGGCUGCAUGUGGUUUUGUAUGUGUAGGGAGGCUGCAUGUGGUUUUGUAUGUGUGGGGAUCCUGCUUGUGGGAUUGUGUCUAUACAGUGAGGCUCCUUGUGGGUUUUUGCAUGUGUGAAUGGGGCUAUUUGCAGUGCGGUAUGUGAGUGGACAGGGCUGGUUGUGUUGCAGUGUGUGUGGCAUUGAAUCUGUAGUAGGCAUCUGAUGGUUUCUGGGGCUGUAGUGUGUGCGUGUUUGGAUAAUAGAGGCUCUACUGUGUAUAAGUAGGAUAGGCUGUAGUGUGUGCCAGUGGGGAUAGAUGCUGUUAACAUAUAAAAGGUACACAUAUUUAUACUGUAAGUGUAUUCAUUUUAGGGUUACUGUAGUUCAUAUAUGAAAAAGUAACACUUCUUUUACUUUAUUCAUUUUAGGACCUCCCUUAACUUGGCAAAGAUACAAGGCCAUAAAUAAAACGUAAGGGUGCAAAAGUCAUGGGAUAUUCCCUGACUUAGGACAAGAUGGCAUCUUAAAGUCUGAACAUCUUUAUCUGUUUAGGGUUACAUAGAAUGUGACGGCAGAUAAGAACCAUUCGGCCCAUCUAGUCUGCACAAUUUUAUAAAUACUUUCAUUAGUCCCUGGCCUUAUCUUAUAGUUAGGAUAGCCUUAUGCCUAUCCCACGCAUGCUUAAACUCCUUUACUGUGUUAACCUCUACCACUUCAGCUGGAAGGCUAUCCCAUGCAUCCACUACCCUCUCAGUAAAGUAAUACUUCCUGAUAUUAUUUGUAAACCUUUGCCCCUCUAAUUUAAGACAAUGCCUCUUGUUGUGGUAGUUUUUCUUCUUUUAAAUAUGGUCUCCUCCUUUACUGUGUUGAUUCCCUUUAUGUAUUUAAAUGUUUCUAUCAUAUCCCCCCGUCUCGUCUUUCCUCCAAGCUAUACAUGUUAAGAUCUUUUAACCUUUCCUGGUAAGUUUUAUCGUGCAAUCCAUGAACCAGUUUAGUAGCCCUUCUCUGAACUUUCUCUAAAAUAUUAAUAUCCUUCUGAAGAUACGGUCUCCAGUACUGCGUACAAUACUCCAAGUGAGGUCCAGGGCCGGACUGGGGAUACAAAGCAGCCCUGGAAAAAAAUCUAUGCCAUCCCCAUAAGUCAUUGUGCUAUGUAGGGUGUUUAUAUAUAUAUAUAUAUAUAUAUAUAUAUAUAUAUAUAUAUAUAUAUAUAUAUAAAAAACAGAUAAAAUUCUUAUCUUGUAAUACCUUUUUUAUUGGACUAACAGAAUUUUUUAAUGACAAGCUUUCGGGAGAACCUCCCUUUCUCAAGUCUGAAGCAUUUCUGAGCAAAACGACACAUAGAAUUCAAAGUUGAGUUGUGAUACAGGGGUUAAAGCGACAUGAGUGUAGAUAAGACACAGGUUUGUUAGAAAAUAGACACCAUCUUAGCAGAGGGUCAUAAAUAUCUUGUUGAAGAGAAGAGUAGGGGGGAGAGAGGGAAAAGAAAAACAAACAAGCAGACAGUGCACAGGAUGAUACACUUUAUACAUGCACACACACAGAAAUAUGUAUAUGUGAACGCAUAAACACAUGUGUAUAUAUACAUAAGCACAUAUACAUACAUGCACAUGGACUCAUAUACACAAAUAUAAAUGCACAGUAAUAUAUAUAAGCAUUCAUGCAUACGAGUAUGGGAAAGCAUAGGUCUACACAUAGUACUUUGUAUAUAGAUAGAAUAAACAUAUAGGAAUGCAUUUUAAAGUGUUGGUACAUAUGACAGAACAGUAAGAUAAUGCUGGGAGAGUGUUCAUGUAAAGUGUUGGUAGUGGGACAGGAAUCCCAAAUCAAUAUUUAGUCCUCUCUUCUUGCUGUUAAACCAUUUAAUCAUUCUGGCUUCAAAGGCUUUUCUUUCCUGGGUAUUUUUAAAAACCCCUUUCAGUACUUUGAUUUUUAGGUCCUUCAGUGAGUGGCCAGGCUGGGUAAAGUGGUGUCCCACAGGAGUGCAGUAUGAUUCUUCUUUGUGGUGUUUAAUAGAGUGUCUGUGCAUAUUCAUUCUGCCAUUUAAUGGCUGGGUGGUUUCCCCAAUGUAGCAUCCUAGGUGGCAUUUUAUGCAUUGAAUCAUGUAUACCACAUUGCUGGAUGUGCAGGAGUAUGAACCUUUAAUGCUGUAGGUUUUAUUGUUGUGUGUGGCUGUGUUGUCUGUGCAUAUGUGCUGACACAGUUUGCAGCGAGUUUUUUUGCAUUGACUGGUCCUGUUUUCUUCAUUAUUACCAUCAGUGGGCAGCCUCCUGUUGAUUAAUUUUUGUUGGAGGUUUGGUUGUUGUCUGAAGGCCAAAAUGGGUGUUUCAGGGAAAAUGUUUUUCAGAGUCUCAUCUUCUGUUAAUAUUGGUUGUAGGUCUUUGAUGAUUUUCCGUAUUUCCUCAAGAGCAGGGUUGUAGGUGACCACAAGUGGCACUCGUGUGCAUAUUUUUUUCUCUCUGUAUUGUAGCAGGCGCGUACGUGGCGUUUUUACAGCAGAGUUGAUUUGUUUGGUAAUAGUCUUUGGUUUGUAGCCUUUCUGUCUCAUGGAUUGGGAGAGUACAUUUAGAUGGGAAUUACGGUCAUUAGGAUCAGAGCAUAUGCGAUGGUACCUAGUGGCUUGGCUGUAGAUGAUGCCCUGUUUAGUAUGAGAGGGGUGGAAGCUGGAGCUGUGUAGGUAACUGCACCUGUCUGUGGGUUUUCUGUAAACCGAGGUGUGGAUUGUGCCAUUAUUACAUGUCACAGUUGUGUCCAGAAAAUUCACAGAUCUAGUGGAAUAUUCCAUUUUUAGUUUGAUUGAUGGAUGGAAUGUGUUGAAAGAGUCAUGGAACUGUAUCAGUUUUUCUUUGCUUUCAGUCCAAAUUAUGAAGAUAUCAUCGAUGUAGCGAUAAUAUUUGUAUGGUUUGGUGUGUUGGUUAUCUAGGAAUCUCUGUUCAAGAUCUGCCAUAAACAGAUUAGCAUAUUGGGGUGCCAUCUUAGUGCCCAUAGCAGUGCCCAUGGUUUGUAGGUAAACCUCAUUGUUGAAACUGAAGUAGUUAUGUGUGAGGAUAAAUAGUGCCAGUUCUGUGAUAAUUCGGGGGCUGUAUUUUUGGUUGUUGACAUGAGAGAGAAAAUGGAAGCAAGCAUUGAUGCCAUCUGUAUGUGGAAUGUUGCUGUACAGAGAUUCCACAUCCAUGGUUACAAGGAUGGUGUUAGCAGGGAGAUUGGUGAUUUGGCUGAGUUUGUUGAGGAAGUCGGUUGUGUCUUUUAUGAAGCUGUUAGUGUUGGUGACUAGAGGUUUUAGGGUAUUUUCUACCAGUCCUGAGAUCUGUUCUGUGAGAGUUCCCAUUCCUGUAAUUAUGGGUCUUCCAGGAUUGCCGGCUUUGUGAAUUUUGGGAAGCAUAUAGAAAGUGCCCAUGCAGGGACUAGUUGGUAUGAGUGAUUGCAGUUCUAGGUGUAAGUUCUCAGGGAAGGAUUUAAUGAGCUCCCUAAGUUGUGAUGUAUAUUCCUUGGUGGGGUCUUCAUUUAGUUUUCUAUAGUAUUUGUCAUCUGACAAUUGCCUGUCACCCUCUUUUAUGUAGUCCUGGGUGUUCAUUAUCACUACUGCUCCUCCCUUGUCUGCUGGUUUGAUGGUGAUAGCAUGAUUAUUUUUCAGGUCAUUUAUAGCCAUUUGUUCCUGUACUGAGAGAUUAUGAAACAUUUUCUUUUGGUUUUGCUUGGUUGUCAAGGAUACUGUUCUUAGACAGAAACUUUCAAUGUAACUGUCCAGUUUGGCAUUUCGUCCUGGUGCUGGACUGAAAUUAGUGGGUUUUUUCCGGUUGUUGUAAUCCAUUGUGGUUUCAGUGCUCUCUUUGUCAUGAAAGUAUUCCUUAAGUCGCAUCCUUCUGAAAAAUUCUUCCACGUCAGAGUAGAGACCAAUGUCAUCAAGUUUUGUGCUAGGGCAAAAUGAUAGUCCUUUGGAGAGAACUGAUGUUUCUGGGUCAGAUAGUUUGUAAUCCGAAAUGUUAACAAUACCAGAUUUCUCUUGCCAUUUCUCUUUCUCUGCCAAAUGUUUGUGAUAAUCCUGCUGUAGUCUGAUGAGUUUAUUAUUUUUCUUCUUAAAAAGGUCCCUUUGUUGCUUUUUGUAAAAAUAGUGUAGAUCAUGUUCUAGUUGUUUAGCCAUAUAUGUAUUCUCCUCACGUAGAUUUUGGAGUAGAUAUUGUUUUUUAUGUUGUAUGCUAUAUUUCUUGUUGUAGAGCUGGUGGAUGAGAUGGUUUCUUAGUUUCUCACUAGUGCGUUUACACAGGUUUUCAGCAUACUGUGUUUUCUGCGUAUUAGCCAGUGGAUUUUUGAUUUUUAUGCCUUUGGGGAUCAGCUGUCUUUUCUUGCAGAUGGAUAGAAAGUGUAUGUCGCUGUUGAGCUGUACUUCUUUUGUGGUCAUCUUGUAGAUUUGCUUUGUAGAUUUGCUAUAUAUAUGCAAUUGAAAUAGUUGGCUGCACUCUCAGAUUUCCUGAAAAUGUAACUUUUAUUGAAAUAUUUAAGAGAAGAUCAAUGUUUCAGUCCCUCUUGUGGACUUUUGUCACGAUCCUGAAGCAAGUCCACAAGAGGGACUGAAACGUUGAUCUUCUCUUAAAUAUUUCAAUAAAAGUAAAAUUUUAUGGAAAUCCGAGAGUGCAGCCAACUAUUUCAAUUGCCUAUACAUAUACUGGAUACUGGAGCCCUGGUGAUGCAACAGUAUAUAUAUAUAUAUAUAUAUAUAUAUAUAUAUAUAUAUAUUUUAUUGAUACAUUUCUUCUUCUAAUUCAAAAUAUUAGUUCUUUUAGGGUAAUUAAAUUAUACAGUGGGAGCAUACUCACACACAGACAGACAAUCUUACUGAUGCACACAAAUAGGCUCAUUGACAGACAAUGACACACACAGACAAGGUUACUGGCACACACACAAAUUUAGUACAGACAAACUCUGAUACACACACACAGCUUACUAUAGACAACCUCACUGUCACACACACACGCUCACUACAGACAAGCUCACUGAUGCGCACACACUCUCCCUACAGACAAGCCCAUUGACACACACAUGCUCCCUACAGAAGAGCUCACUAACACACAGAUUCACUAUAGACAAGCUCACUGACACACACAUGCUCACUAUAGACAAGCUCACUGACACACAUAUGGUCACUACAGACAAGCUCACGAUCACACUCAUGCUUACUACAGACAAGCUCACUGUACACACAUGCUCACCACAGACAGGCUCCGACACACCCAUGCUCCUUACAGACAAGCUCACUAACACACACACAUAUGAUCCCUACAGACAAGCUCACUGACACACAUACAAGCUCACUCACUAGCAGGCACACACACACACACACACACACACACACAAACUCACUAGCAGGCACAUACACACACACGCAGAGGCUCCCUCACUAGCAGAUGCACGCACACACACACACACACAGAGGCAGACAGUCACUGACACCCAGGCAGACAGCCCCACACACACACACACAGGCAGACAGUCACUGACACCCAGGCAGACAGCCACACACACACACACACAGGCAGACAGUCACUGACACUCAGGCAGACAGCCACACACAUACACAGGCAGACAGCCACACACUCACACACACACACACACAGGCAGACAGUCACACACACACACAGGCAGAGAGUCACACACACAGGCAGAGAGUCACACACACAGUCACACACACAGUCACACACACAGACAGUCACACACAAAGACGGUCACACACAGUCACACACAGACACAGUCACACACAGACACAGUCAUACACUCACACAGACAGUCACACACUCAUACAGACAGUCACACACACACACAGUCACACACUCACACAGACAGUCACACACAGACAGUCACACACACACACAGACAAUCACACACAGUCACACGCUCACACAGACAGUCACACACUCACACAGACAGUCACACACUCACACAGACAGUCACACACACAGUCACACACUCACACAGACAGUCACACACUCACACAGACAGUCACACACUCACAGACAGUCACACACUCACACAGACAAUCACACACAGUCACACGCUCACACAGUCACACAGUCACACAGACAGUCACAUGCUCACACAGACAGUCACACACAGACAGUCACACACAGUCACACACUCACACACUCACACAGACAGUCACACAGACAGUCACACACAGAUAAAGUCACACACACAGACAGUCACACACACAGACAGUCACACACCCACACAGACAGUCACACACUCACAGACAGUCACACACUCACACAGACAAUCACACACAGUCACACGCUCACAUAGUCACACACAGUCACACACAGAGACAGUCACAAGCUCUCACACAGACAGUCACACGCCACACAGACAGUCAUCACACACACAUUGCACAGUCACACACAGACAGUCACACGCCACACAGACAGUCACACACUGCCACAGACAGUCACAUACAGACAGUCACACACUCACACAGACAAUCACACACAGCCACACGCCUCACACAGACAGUCACACACAGUCACAUCGCCUUCACACACAGACAGUCAUCACACACUCACACAGUCACAGCCAUACAGUCACACACUCACACAGACAGUCACACACACACAGACACAGACAGUCACACACUCACACAGACAGUCACACACUCACACAGACAGUCACACACAGUCACACACUCACACAGACACAGACAGUCACACACUCACACAGACACAGACAGUCACACACUCACACAGACAGUCACACACUCACACAGACAGUCACACACAGUCACACACUCACACAGACAGUCACACACAGACAGUCACACACUCACACAGACAGUCACACACUCACACAGACACAGACAGUCACACACACACUCACACAGUCACACACACAGACACAGACAGUCACACACUCACAGACAGUCACACACAGACAGUCACACACAGACAGUCACACACAGACAGUCACACACUCACACAGACAGUCACACACUCACACACAGUCACACACUCACACAGUCACACACUCACACAGUCACACACUCACACAGUCACACACUCACACAGACAGUCACACACACAGACAGUCACACACAGUCACACACUCACACAGACAGUCACACACUCACACAGUCACACACUCACACAGUCACUCACACAGACAGUCACACACAGACAGUCACACACUCACACAGACACACUGACCUCCUUCUUACCUCCUGUUUGUUGCUCCUGCAGGCUGGUUGUUGGGGAAGCAGGGACUCCUUCCUGCUUCCCAUGCUGCAGUCAGCCAGGCCGCCGCCGCACAGUAAGUCCCGCCCCCACAGCACUCUAAGCCCCGCCCCAGCCGCACGCUAAGCCCCGCCCCGCCGCAAUUAUUCUUUUUUCUUUUUUUUAUGAUCCCGGCCAGCCAUGUGUGAGCUGUGCCGGCCGCCUGGCUCCCCCUUCUCCCAUGGGGCUCUGUGCGGCCGCACAGCUCACACAUAGCCGGCCAGGAUCACAGGGCUGCACAGGAGCUGUCAGCCCAAUGAUCAGGGCUGUCAGACCGGCCCCAGGUGCCGCGGCCCACCAGGAAAUUUCCCGGUAUCCCGGUGGGCCAGUCCGGCCCUGGUGAGGUCUCAGAAGUGUUCUGUAAAAUGGCAUGAGCACUUCCCUCUUUCUACUGCUAAUACCUCUCCCUAUACAACCAAGCAUUCUGCUAGCAUUUCCUACUGCUCUAUUACAUUGUCUGCCUACCUUUAAGUCAUCAGAAAUAAUCACCCCUAAAUCCCUUUCCUCAGAUGUUGAGUGUGACGAGACCAAUCUCGCCACAUUGCAUUGGAGAAGCCUGGUUGCUCGCCUGCUGCCUUUGGAAUAUGGCCCCUGUUAAAAGACAUUUUUUUUACCUGCAGAAAAGCUUCAUUCGUGCUUUUCUGCCUGGGGUUCGGUAGAUUUGUUUGAAUGUGUUAUACCCCAGAUAGGAAUCCCAUGGAGCCCAUUCGUAUGAAACUGACUGUAAAGACUUUGGCUCCAUGGCGAUUAAACUGUAUUCGUGUGGUCUGAGCGCCAUUCACUUAAUAAUGUGCGCUCAGACCUGAGCUAUCUGGGGAUAUGUUACAUGUCUGUGUUUUAUGUAAUAAAUGUGACUUUAUGUAUUUUAAAGUGUUUUGUGUCUUUUUGCAACCAUGUGCUUAAUGGAGUCUUGUGUCUGUCCUGGGAGAUAAUUGAAUUACUUAUCUCCAGGAUAGAAGACUCUGAAACUGGUUUGGGCCAGAAAGCCAUGCUUCAUUUAGUCACAAAGGACUUUUUACUAACUUUUGAACCCCUUGUCUGAUUGUGCCAUUUUUAAUAUGUUGUUCCCCUGAAUGGAUUGAUUGUGAAUAUGUAAUUUUAUGUGAAUGUGAUGUAUGGUUUUAGAGUUAUGAAAGUUGGGUAGAAAGUAUGUUUUAACUGUAUGUGUAAUUGAGUUUCCUCUCAGGAUAAGGGGAGGGAAUAUGUGGGAUGUAACUGUGAUGUGAUUGGUUGUUUUAUACCUCCCUGUGGGCGGUCCUGUAUUUGCAAGACUGUAAUAAAAACCAGGCUGGGUGUGCCAGCACCUCAGACCACUGCUUGACCCUCAACACGGAGCAUUGUCUCGUUCUUGGGGGGAUUCACUGUAUGCUGUUAGAGACUGAUUGCCAGGAGUGUAAGCUGAUUGUCUGCUUUUCCUGUUCGUCUGCUAGCAGCUAUUUGGGAGGUUCCAGUUCAGGAGUUGGAAUGCUAUUUUGUAUCCAGUUCGGGAGUUUGGUGUUCUGCAGUAGCUGUGCCUGUAUCUCUGGAAAGGGGGCCGAUCGCCUAAACGGUUUUUACCCCUUGUGUGCAAAACGGUCCGUUACAUUGAGGUUAGGACUCUAUCAAAUAUUCUGUACUCUGCCCUUGGGUUUUUACAUCCAAGAUGCAUUAUCUUGCACUUAUCCACAUUAAAUGUCAGUUGCCACAACUCUGACCAUUUUUCUAGUUUACCUAAAUCAUUUUCCAUUUGGUUUAUCCCUCCUGGAACAUCAACCCUGUUAUAUAUCUUAGUAUCAUCAGCAAAAAGACAUACCUUACCAUCAAGUCCUCCUGCAAUAUCACUAAUAAAAAUAUUAAAGAGAAUGGGUCCAAGCUUCGAAUAUACUCCAUUGACUACAACCCUCUGUUGCCUGUCACUCAGCCACUGCCUUACCCAUUCAACAAUAUUGGAAUUCAAACUUAAAGAUUGCAAUUUAUUGAUAAGCUUUCUAUGUGCAACAGUGUCAAAAUUCUUAAUGAAAUCUAGGUAAGCAAUGUCUACUGCACCACCCUGAUCUAUUAUUUUAGUUACCCAAUCAAAAAAAUCAAUAAGAUUAGUUUGGCAUGAUCUCCCUGAAGUAAACCCAUGUUGUCUCUGAUCUUGAAAUACAUGUAUUUUUAGAUGUUCAACAAUCCUAUCUUUUAACAUGGUUUCCAUUACUUUCUCCACUACUGAAGUAAGGCUUACUGGCCUAUAGUUGCCCGACUCCUCCCUACUACCUUUUUUGUGAAUGGGCACAACAUUCGCCAACGUAUAAUCUUCUGGGACUACUCCUGUUAACAAUGAUUGGUUAAAUAAAUCUGUUAAUGGUUUUGCUAGUACACCACUAACCUCUUUUAAUAACUUUAGGUGUAUUUCAUCAGGUCCCAUUUACUUAUUUGUCUUUACUUUUGACAGUUGAAAUAGAUCCUGCUCCUCUGUAAACUCACAUGUAAUAAAUGACUUAUUUGUCCUUUUUCCUAACUGAGGUCCCUUUCCUUCAUUUUCCUCUGUAAAUACUGAACAAAAAUAUUAAUUGAGGCAGUCAGCUAGACCUUUAUCCUCAUCUACAUACCUCCCUUCUUUUGUUUUUAAUCUAACUAAUCAUUGUUUCACUUUCCUUUUCUCAUUUAUGUAUCUAAAAAAUGUUUUGUCCCCUUUUUUACUGACUGUGCUAUUUUCUCUUCUGUGUGUGAUUUGGAAGCUCUUAUAACUUGCUUAGCCUCUUUCUGCCUAAUCUUAUAGCGCAUUCUGUCUUCCUCACUCUGGGUUUUUUUAUAAUUACUAAAUGCUAACUUUUUGUUUUUUUACUUUUUUGGCCAUAUCUGCAGAGUAUCACAGUGGUUUCUUGAAUUAUUUGCUUUUACUGACAAGCCUAAUGCAAUUUUCUGUUGCCUUCAGCAGUGCAACUUUUAAAUAAUCCCAUUUCUCUUGGACUCCAUUUAAAUUGCUCCAAUCUCAUAAUGACUCUUUUACACGUAUUCUAAUUUUAGAAAAGUCUGUUUUUUUAAAGUCUAAAACUUUUGUUUUUGUGUGAUGUGACUCAGUCACUGUUCUUAUAUUAAACCACACUGACUGAUGAUCACUGGAUCCUAAACUUUCACCUACAGUAAUAUACCAAAUCUCCAUUUGUUAACACUAAAUCUAGUAUGGCCUCAACAACUUGCUUUAGAGACAAUCCCAGUAGGGAGUUUAGUAUAUGUGUGCUCCUGGCACAAGCAGCUAAUUUUGUUUUCCAAUUCAGUUACCGCAGUAUAUUAUGUACUGAAAGAGUCGUAGCAUAGCCUUGAAGCUUGUUUAUGCAUUAUUGUAAUUGUAUUUCGUCUGGGACAAAAUGGCGUAAACAUAAAAAGCACUGAAAGUAUGUAAAAGGUUAUUGCUUAGAGAAACGUAUAAAAAACAAUAUGUUCCAUUUCUAACACCGAGUCAGUUUGCAAUAUCUCUUAAAGACGAAGUACACAGUUUGAGAAAUACAAUAUUUGCAUUUGCCCAUAACAACUCGGCCCUCGGUCCAUGACUGAUCUGCCCAAGUGGUCAGUUCGCCCCUGUACACAGGCAAAAAUACAUUCUGAUGUUUCCCACGCCCCCAAUGUCUCUUAACCCCCUUUUGAAUAUCCUAAGUUCUUGUGUUUAUUUUUCCCUCUUUUGAAUGUCUUACCCAUUUUAUUGUAUCUUAUCCCCCAUGUUCCCCCUUUGCAUGUCUUACACAUUCUGUGUAUGUCUCUUACUCCCCCUCCUUUGUGUGUCUUAUACUUCCACCGGCCACUUUGUGGGUCUCAUACUUCCCCCAAGCCUUUGUGUGUCAGGGUUUGGUGUAUGGAACCUGAAAAUGCAGAACUUGUACUAGCAAAAACAAUAAACAAAAGUCCAAGGCAAACAAAUCCAAUAGGGCAAGGCAGAGUCAGGCAAUCCAGGGUUCAAAGUCCAGGCAGCAAUGGUUCAGUAACAGGGGCAGUAUGGGUCUGUCCUUCAUCUGGGCUGCCAUGGGAGGUAAUUAUGUUUUCAGAUUGAUUCCAGCUGCACCCACAGGACCCACAGGUCCUGCAGCAUGGAAUGAUCAUGCACAACUCCCAAUCAUCUAUCGUUGCGUGUGAGAUGUGAUGUGGUCGGAGUUUGAAGUUUGCGGUCUGCCUCUGGCAUUCACGCAUGCCACCGGAGCAGCAAGGAAGUGAAGGUAAGUCAUGAAAUUGUGUCUCUUAUUUCUCUCACCCCUCUGUGUGUCUCUUUCUCACCUUUCCCUGCCUAUGUGUGCCUUUUUCUCCUUCCAGUACCUAUGCGUGUCUCUUUUUUCCAUCCAGCUCCUCUGUGUGUCUCUUUCCCCAAGCACAGUUGUGUGUCUCUGUCUCCUACCAGUCCCUUUGUGUUUCUCUUCUCCAAGCUCCUCUGUAUGUACUCCAACACAUUGUCACUCCCCCUCAGCCCUUUUGUGUAUCUCUUUUCCCCUUCCCCAGCUCCUCUGUGUGUGUGUCUCCUGCCCAACCCUUCUGUAUGUUUCUUUCUCCCCUUUUCUCAGCCCUUUUAGUAUGUCUCUCAUUCACCUCCCCCAGCCCUUCUGUGUGUCUCUUUCUCCCCUUCCACAGCCCAUCUGUGUGUGUCUAUCUCUCCUACCCUAGCCCCUCUGUUUGUCUCUGCCCCCAGCCAUUGUUCUGUGUAUCUUUCCCUGCAACUCCUCAACUCCCACCAGUACCUUAUCUUUCUGUAUGUGUGUCUCUUUCUCUCUUCCACCAGUACCUUGUAUCUUUCUGCCCCCAGCCCAUAUGUGUGUCUCUUUCUCUCUUCAAGAUCAUCUGUGUGUCUCUUUCUCCUUCCAGCCCCUCUGUGUGUCUCUUUUCUUCAACCCCUCUGUGUGUCUCUUCCCCUCUAGAACCUCAUCUCUUUCUGCCCCCAGCCCAUAUGUGUGUCUCUUUCUCUCUUCAAGAUCAUCUGUGUGUCUCUUUCUCCUUCCAGCCCCUCUGUGUGUCUCUUUUCUUCAACCCCUCUGUGUGUCUCUUCCCCUCUAGAACCUCAUCUCUUUCUGCCCUCCAGCCACUUUGUGUGUCUCCUUUCCUCAGCCUCUCUGUAUCUAUCUUUACCACUCCCUUUGCAUUUCUCAUUCCUGACCUGCUCUCCUGUGUGUCUCUCCCACCCCAGCACCUUUUCUCUUCCACCCCCACCCCGCUUUGUGUAUCUCUUUUUCUUUCCCAAGCCUCUCUGUAUGUCUCUUUCCCCCAGACCUUCUGUGUGUCUCUUUUCCCCGUCCCCAGCUCCUUUGUGUGUCUCUUUCUAUCUCACACCAGCCCAUCUGUGUGUCUUACUCUCCUUCCCAGCCCCUCUUUACAGGGAGUGCAGAAUUAUUAGGCAAAUUAGUAUUUUGACCACAUCAUCCUCUUUAUGCAUGUUGUCUUACUCCAAGCUGUAUAGGCUCGAAAGCCUACUACCAAUUAAGCAUAUUAGGUGAUGUGCAUCUCUGUAAUGAGAAGGGGUGUGACAUCAACACCCUAUAUCAGGUGUGCAUAAUUAUUGGGCAACUUCCUUUCCUUUGGCAAAAUGGGUCAAAAGAAGGACUUGACAGGCUCAGAAAAGUCAAAAUAGUGAGAUAUCUUGCAGAGGGAUGCAGCACUCUUAAAAUUGCAAAGCUUCUGAAGCGUGAUCAUCGAACAAUCAAGCGUUUCAUUCAAAAUAGUCAACAGGGUCGCAAGAAGCGUGUGGAAAAACCAAGGCGCAAAAUAACUGCCCAUGAACUGAGAAAAGUCAAGCGUGCAGCUGCCACGAUGCCACUUGCCACCAGUUUGGCCAUAUUUCAGAGCUGCAACAUCACUGGAGUGCCCAAAAGCACAAGGUGUGCAAUACUCAGAGACAUGGCCAAGGUAAGAAAGGCUGAAAGACGACCACCACUGAACAAGACACACAAGCUGAAACGUCAAGACUGGGCCAAGAAAUAUCUCAAGACUGAUUUUUCUAAGGUUUUAUGGACUGAUGAAAUGAGAGUGAGUCUUGAUGGGCCAGAUGGAUGGGCCCGUGGCUGGAUUGGUAAAGGGCAGAGAGCUCCAGUCCCACUCAGACGCCAGCAAGGUGGAGGUGGAGUACUGGUUUGGGCUGGUAUCAUCAAAGAUGAGCUUGUGGGGCCUUUUCGGGUUGAGGAUGGAGUCAAGCUCAACUCCCAGUCCUACUGCCAGUUCCUGGAAGACACCUUCUUCAAGCAGUGGUACAGGAAGAAGUCUGCAUCCUUCAAGAAAAACAUGAUUUUCAUGCAGGACAAUGCUCCAUCACACGCGUCCAAGUACUCCACAGCGUGGCUGGCAAGAAAGGGUAUAAAAGAAGAAAAUCUAAUGACAUGGCCUCCUUGUUCACCUGAUCUGAACCCCAUUGAGAACCUGUGGUCCAUCAUCAAAUGUGAGAUUUACAAGGAGGGAAAACAGUACACCUCUCUGAACAGUGUCUGGGAGGCUGUGGUUGCUGCUGCACGCAAUGUUGAUGGUGAACAGAUCAAAACACUGACAAAAUCCAUGGAUGGCAGGCUUUUGAGUGUCCUUGCAAAGAAAGGUGGCUAUAUUGGUCACUGAUUUGUUUUUGUUUUGUUUUUGAAUGUCAGAAAUGUAUAUUUGUGAAUGUUGAGAUGUUAUAUUGGUUUCACUGGUAAUAAUAAAUAAUUGAAAUGGGUAUAUAUUUGUUUUUUGUUAAGUUGCCUAAUAAUUAUGCACAGUAAUAGUCACCUGCACACACAGAUAUCCCCCUAACAUAGCUAAAACUAAAAACAAACUAAAAACUACUUCCAAAAAUAUUCAGCUUUGAUAUUAAUGAGGUUUGUGGGUUCAUUGAGAAGAUGGUUGUUGUUCAAUAAUAAAAUUAAUCCUCAAAAAUACAACUUGCCUAAUAAUUCUGCACUCCCUGUAUAUCUUUUUCCCCUUUCCUAGACCCUCUGUAUGUCUCUCCCCCAGACAUUCUGUGAGUCUCUCCCAGCAUCCCCCCGUGUGUCUGUUCCCAAUCAGCACCUUGUUUCUUUUUUCCCCACAGCUUUUUGUGUGAUUUUCUCUCCUUCCCUAGCCUGUCUGUGUCUCUUCCCACCAGCCCCUCUGUGUCUCUCUUUCCCCCAAUCCUCUCUGUAUGUAGCAUGGCUGUGCAGAACCCGGUAGAAUAUCUCAGUGAACAACUUCCUGUUAGACCGAGUCACGUCUGCACAGCUCUAUGCACAUUUCCUUCCUGCCAGCCAUCUGGACCUUGCACUCUGAGCCAGUGCACCCUAAGGUGGCCACCUGUACCUCCUUAUGUUUACACCAGCCCUCAGUCCACAGCAUAUGGAGUGCUGAAGGUUGCCUACCCCUGAAAAAAUGUUUGCAUCUUUACUCUUUUUUGUUUUCUACAGGAACUGUAUAUAGGGCUAAUUUUCUAUUGUCACACUUCAUUCCUCUUACCUUUCACUCUUAAAAUGCUACUCCUUUCAUCAAGCCCAACAACCAUUUGACCAAGUAAAGAUUUAUUUUACCUCUGCUCUGACUCCUAGAACUAACCUUCUCUUAUCUGAAAGAUUGAUAGCUCUGGAGAUGCUCUUGAAAUCCUUUCCUUGUGCUGCUCAGUAAGACUUCCCUGUCAUUCUCCAGUGGCUUUCCAUUUUAGAAAAAUCACCCAAGGAGAAGUAAAAAUGAAAAGCAACUUUUGUCCAUUAAAUUUUCUUUUGAACAAAGGCAGCAAGUGAUGUUCGCUGUUCUUUUUUUUUUUUUAAACAGUUCCUUCGUAAAGGUUAAUUAUAUUCAGUCACUGUACCGUUGCUUUUUAUAGAAGCUGCACCCAUAUCUCACAAUACUGACAAUCCUUCUAAAGAAAUAAUUGUAGAAUAUAGCAAUUUAAAUGAGGUUCUGAUGGUACAUUGCAAUAUGUUUGCUUCCAGCAGAUAGAUCAUGGUUACCAUGAACCACUGAUUGCAACUUCUAUUUUCUUUAAGUGCACAUUAAAGGGCCUAGACUUCAGAACUAAUGUGUUUUUUUCUAAAAUCAACCAACAUUCAAUAUGAUUUACUAAAUGGCGGUGAAACUGUAGCAGCUAAAAUUAAUUACAUUCCAAAGUCAUUUGAAGGAUCUUUGAUAUUUACUACCAUGGAUUCUGAGCAUCUCAGCUUAGCCACAGAAAUUAUUUUCCCAGCAUAAGACCUGCAAGACUUGUUAGAGAUCUAUGGUUUAAAGUCGGCCAAUCACCAAUUACUAAUUAUCAAGACUAUACCUUCAAGGAAUUUGCUGGGAGGCAUUAACAAUUUACCAGCUCAGUCACCCUCAGACAAAAACAUAAAUAAAGUAAUUUUAUAACUUCCUAAAUGUCUUUAUUUCAGCCACCACAGGUUUGACAAAGGCUUUUCCAGAGUGGAAACAUUGCCAGGUUACCACUUGGUGGAUGAAAUAAAGGCACGUUGGAAAUUAUAAAAAUACUUUGAUGUUUAUGUUCUUGAAUAUACAAGGUGAUCGAGAUAUAUAAAAGGGCUCUCCUGCCUUGAAUGUUCAGGCUGGAUGGCAAAGAUGAAGCUGUUUUGUUCCCUAUCCAUUUUUGGAGUAAAUGUUAAUGAAGUUACAUUGGAUUACUAAUAAAUAUUAAUAUUGACUGAAGAUUAAAGGUCUUCAAUUGUGACAUGUAAGAAAGCAGAAAAAAUAAAUUUUUUAAAGAUCUGAUUAGUAACAUAACAAUAACAUACCAAUGGUUAUGGUUCUUUUAGGCUGGGGGUUCAACCCCCGAGAGUCUUUGUGGCACCGGUGGCUUGGUUUCCACUAACCAGUAUUGCUGUUGUGGAGUGGAAAUGCCACGUUGGCCAUAGCUAUUUUGUCCACAUUUGAUGCCAUUCAUUGGCUUUGUGGGAAGCACAUAUUGUAGGAAGUAUUUAUCUAGGAAGCUGACAAUUUCAGAAGCUAAGGAUCACUGUGUAGACAGUUCCAGUAGUCAUAAAGCCACCAGAUUAACUAGAGAAUAUGAGAGUUUGCUGAUUCCUCCCCAGAGACUAUAUAUCCUGCAGUUCAAUUAAGGUAAAAAUAUGUACUGUUAUUUAAAUAACUAUUAUUAUUGGAUGACCAUGGCUCCUUUUGCACUCAUAGAUGUUUCAGUAUUAAUGGUGAUUUAUUAUACUGUAGUUAUUAUGUAACCAAACCUUUACUGCCUGGUAAUUUAAUGUUUCUAACUUUCAUGCUAAUUCACUCUUAUUCAUAUAUUAUUAUUGUAUGUUUUACCUUAUAAUUAGUACAAAAUAAAAUAAAUAUUUAUUAUGCCAUUAGGGAUUUCUGCUUAAAAGGAAUUAACUGCAAUAUAUUGUUGUGGUUAUAGUGCAAUGAAACUGUACGCAGUCACUUGGGUGUUUGUCAAUUUAUUUUCAAUCAGUUUGACAGAAUUCAAAGGAAACUUAAACAUCCAUCGCCCACCUCAUUGCUUGCAAAGUCACACUGGGACCAUCUAGUUUACUCAUUAUCUGGCCAUAUUCUUGCUGUGUAGUGAUAUCUCACCUAGGGUUUGAUUUAACAUUUAUUUGAAAUUCUAGCAGCUGAACCUAAUAAACUGGUGGCUGCUCUAGCUUAAUCCUUCCAAAGCACAUUUAUCUGAAAAUAUUUUUUUUUAUUAAGAAUGUAUCAAAUGCAAGUUGUUCAUCACAUAUCAUUGGUACAUCAGCAUUAGAUGUUGUUAUUGCAGUGGUACCGUAUAUAUUCUCGAGUAUAAGACGACCCGAGUAUAAGUCGAGACCCCUAAUUUUACCCCCAAAAACUGGGAAAACUUAUUGACUCGAGUAUAAGACCAGGGUGAGAAAUGCAGCAGCUACUGGUAAAUUUCUAAAUAAAAUUAUAUCCCCAAAUAAUUAUAUUAAUUGAAUAUUUAUUUACAGUGUGUGUAUAUAAUAAAUGCAGUGUGUGUGUAUAAGUGCAGUGUGUUUAUGUAUGAGUGCAGUGUGUGUGUGUGUGUGUAUGAGUGCAGUGUGUGUGUGUGUAUGAAUGCAGUGUGUGUAUGAAUGCAGUGUGUGUAUGAAUGCAGUGUGUGUGUAUGAGUGCAGUGUGUGUGUGUGUAUGAGUGCAGUGUAUGUAUGAGAGCAGUGUGUGUGUAUGAGUGCAGUGUGUGUGUGUAUGAGUGCAGUGUGUGUGUAUGAAUGCAGUGUGUGUGUAUGAGUGCAGUGUGUGUGUGUGUGUGUAUGAGUGCAGUGUGUGUAUAUGAGUGCAGUGUGUAUGAGUGCAGUGUGUGUGUGUGAUGCAGAGCCUUGGUGGGGGGUGGGCAUUUUAAUUAUUUAUUUUUAAUUAUUAUUAUUUUAAUAUAAUUUUUAAAAAAUAUUAUUAAUAUUUUAUUUUUUUAUUAUUUAAUUUUUUAUUUAUAUUUUUUUCCUCCCCCCUUCCUGCUUGUUAGCUGGCCAGGGAGGGGGGCUCUCAUUGGGCUAUGUAGGAGGGGGGCUGGCAGAGAGCUGUAACUUACCUUCACAGCAGCUGCUGUGAAGGCAAGUUACAGCUCUCUGCCAGCCCCCAACAGUACCGCCGGGCUUGUAAUGAGCCCGGCGGUCCUGGUCUGUAUUAUGGCAAUGUAAAUUGCCAUAAUACAGACAUUGACUCGAGUAUGAGUUGAGUUGGGGUUUUUCAGCACAAAAAAUGUGCUGAAAAACUCGACUUAUACUUGAGUAUAUCCGGUAGUUACAUAUGGUUUAGUUAAACAACAUUCUCUUUUUAAUUGAAUUGAAUUUAUAAGCAGGUUUAAUAGGGAAAAUGUGAGGGGAAUAAAUAAGCGUGGGAAAAUGGAAUAGUGUAAUAAUUUUAGAACGAUUGGCUUCACAAAAGAUCCACCACCACUGUCAGUGGAAGGCAGAGCCAUCUCCACCACUAGGCGAAUUAGGCAGCCACCAAGAGCACACCAACACCCUACUGUCUCCACUAUUGUACUGAAUUGCUUAUUUGAGUAGUGGUAAUUGGCAAUAAAAAGAAUAAAAAUUUCCUCUCAGAAUUUCCAAAUUACUGGUCAGUCCUAGUGUUGCAGUGACAUUUAAAACAUUUUGUGUCAGGUUUUUGGUUCAUUGAGUUCAGUAAAACUUAAACGGGCCUCCAACAAUCAUAGAGACUUAGACAUCACUAGGGGAGUGUCCAGCUGUUCUUAAAGCUGCAGUACAGAAUAUGCAAUCAUACAAUGAAAGCUACAGUAACUAGAGACUUGAGUGUCUGCUCAAGACAGGUCCUCUUUGUAAGCCUACCAGAUUCCCUGCACAGUUAUUACGAAAUUUCAAAACUUACCUCUUCUUGCUCCAGUACUCUUUGUCAAUGCAGAUUGCAAUACUUAUUGUUCUGUACAGGUCCAAUGGAUAUAUUAAACACUACUGAACUGUCUCCAUGGAUCUUCAAUUAUGUCAUGUUCAGAGCCGUCUUAACACAUGGGUACACUGGGUAGUUGCCCCGUGGUCCCACGAGUUUAGGGGACCCCAUAGUCUUGCCAAUUUUUCAGUAUAUUAUUCCUGGAGAUUUAUUCAGAACCUUCAAACCCUCUUUGUUAAAUUGCUUAGGAGCACUAAUCACCUUAGUAUCAAUUGUUAUCUGUAUAUGCGAUCUUGCAGUUGCUGAAUACAUAUCUUGACCUUGACGAAAACCAACUCCACGCAGUAAUUGUACUUAAGCAAGACAAAACCAACACGCAUCGUUUUUCUGUGUUUCCCAAUGUUGAACUUGCACUCGGAGUGUUCAUGUGCAUCACAAUGACCAACUGUGCAAGAGAACGUUCAUUUUCAAGACUGAAAAAAAAAAUCAGCUUUACAGCACAAUAGGGCAGCAGCGUUCGAACUGGCUUUCACUCAUGUGUAUGGAAAAUAACAACAUGAACACCAUUGACUUCAAGCCAAUUAUAAUCUCUGUGCCAUCUCCGUCUGUAUGAUUCCAACGGAGUCAAUUUUUAAGUUGAAUUUCUUAUUUUCCAACUUCAAGACUCAUGUUUUAUUGUCCACAUGUUAGUGUGGAUCAAUCUCUUGUUUAAUGUUUCAACACGGAUUUCGUUGGAGCUACCAACAAAUAUAAGCUUUGGUUUAUCGAUAAGUUACAUUUACAUUCCUGUGAGUGGUUGUGUAGGCAGGGCCCCAGCGUACUGCUUUGCUCAGAGGCCUAUAAUGCUGUUAACAUGGCCUCGGUCAUGUUCAGAAUAAAACUACCUUAAAGAUAUAAUAUCCAAAUUCAAUGAGCAGUACUAUAAUACUUGUCGUACACUGCAGUCUUUCAGCUAGCUAAGCUUAACUUAUUCUUGCCUAGAAUGUUAUUGAAUUUAUCCUCACCAUCAAUAAUUCAGCUGUCUGUUUAUGUACACUAACUGUCAGUCAUGGCAGUAAUUUUACCAUGAAGUUCCAGGUUUUUGGUAAAAUCCCUUGCCAGGGCUAUCUCUAGAGUAGGAAAUUAACUUUUACCUGUAUCAUAGUGGUAAUGGUACUGGAAAUGGAUUCUCAAUGGGGGAGAGUUGGUCCUAAAGCACUAAAGGGACACUAUAGUCACCAGAACAAUUACAGCCUAUUGUAUUUGGUCUGGUGAGUAGAGUCAUUCCCUUCAGGCUUUUUGCAGUAAAUACUGUCUUUUCAGAGAAAAUGCAGUGUUUACAUUAGAGCCUAGAGCCUAGGGAUAACCGACCACUCCUCAGAUGGCUAUGCACAGCACCGUCAGCAUGGAGACACCGAAGAUGGUGAUUGGCCAGGACUGUGUUUGACUUGUGCUGGGUCUACCUCUGAUCUGCCUCCUUGACAGUGUUAGCCAAUCCUAUUGGAAAGCAUUAUGAUUGGUUCAGGGAAUAAUUUCUGAUGAUGUCAAGCAAACAGGCAGGUCACGGGCAGAGGCAGCAGCUGCAGACUUGAAUACAAGUAAGAUUUUACUAUAUAAAUUUAGGGCGGCAAGGGGGCCAUAGGGGGGGGGGGGGGAUUCUGCAUUCUGUUCAAAGGGGGAUACUGACAAAACCUAGGUUGUUGGUGUACCUUGAUGUCUGGAUUGGCAACCAAUAUCUAUAUCAGAGGUUGGCAACUCCAGAUGUUGUUAACUAUAUCUCCCUGAUACUUUGCCAGCAUUAUGGCUGUAAGAGCAUUAUGGAAGAUGUAGUCCACAACACCUGCAGGAGGUUUCCUGCCCUGCUCUAUAUUAAUGAUGGUUAACCUUGGAACCCCAGUGAACUACAUUUUCAUGAUGCUGCUCAUCCAGGCUGAUCUAAUUCACAUAUACUGGGGUGCCAAGAUCAGCCAUCACUGAUUUAGAAUACCAUAUGCAGUAACAGUUACACUAAAUGAUUAGGACUGCAAGCACUAAUACACACAGAAGAGAUAACACAAAGAGGUAACGUCCAAAUCCCAACUGUUAUAAUAAAGGAUCCUAGUUGUGUUAACAUGAAUUGCACUGAAAUAUUUAGCAUAUUAUUAGAUAUGGUACAAUCAUGCAGCAAGCACUGAGGUUAGAGUGCAAGAGGUGCUUGAGCCAAUGGAGAUUAGGAUGGGAGUUCUUUUCUAUAAUCAGGCUACCCAGCAUCAAAAGGCAAAAUUCACAGAAUAUGCAGAAGGAAACCAGGUCCGACACUGUGAUAAUAACAUAUUACAGAAAAUCAGAAGAACAGAUAAAAUCCAUUCAGGAGGAGCUUUUCUUUAUUUCUAAAGAAAAUAAUAAGAAGCACUAUUUACUGCAGCGGUUCACUCUGAAAUGACAAAGAAUGUAAAAAUAAAUGAGUAAACUUGCAGAAAACAUGUAAUAAUGUAACACCGAUGGUUAAAACAACAUUCUACAUUAAAAGUGAUAAAAAUGGAAGCAUCAAACAUGUCACAUCGUAGGAUAGAAACAAAAAGAGACACAACUAAAUAAUGAACGAGACAGUCAGAAUAAAAACUAGAGAAAGGGGGGAAAAGGCAUUCAGAAAGAGGGAGGGAGAGAGCGAGUGUGAUAGAGGAGGAGGGAGGAGAAGAGAAUGGAUCUGGAAAGUGAGAGACAGAGGAAGGGAGAGAUGAAAGAAGUGCAGCAGCUUAGCCAGGAGGUAAGAAGAGAAAAUCUGAUACAUACACUCGCUGAAUGCAACAUACAGCCAGAGCCGCUAUAUAUUUAUACAUAGUGAUGUAUGCAAGCAAGGUAUAAAUACCUUCACACAGGAGGACAUUUCAAACAAACAUACCCUACAAUUAGGUAGCAAAACUGUAUUUUAAUUACCAAGAGAGAGACCUGGGGGUACACAGCUGUGUUCAUGCUGUGCACAAACACACACAUUAUAUGGGUAUAUUGAAACAUAGAGGGAGAUGUGUACACAGCAAGCAAGUGAAUAAAACUGUGGGGGUAAGAGCAAUGAUUUAACAAGAAUGCAUGUGUGCAAAUGUGUGUUUAUAUAUAUACAAAUACAAACACACACACACACACACACACACAUAUAUAUAUAUAUAUAUAUAUAUGUAUCAAUCUUUAAUUGCUUAGAUAGAUAGAUAGAUAGAUAAAGAGAGAAAGAGAGAAAGAGAGAUAGAGAUUUUAUGCAGAUAAAUGUUAAUAAAUGCAUUUAAAGGACUAGCAAAUACACAGUUUAGUUGUACAUACAGAGCAGUGUGAUGUGUAAUUAAUAAUAAAUAUAUAUAUAGUGCAUAGUGACAAAUGGGAAUUAAAUGACUUUUUAGGUUUGCAUGCUUUCUCAGGGGAGUUAUAUUUGAUAUAUUAGUGUUCUCAUUUUAUGUGAUUUUUUGUCUGUCUGAAUUGUUUGUUGGGAUUGUGAACUCUUGCUGUUUAUAUGUUGUAUUCUUCAAAGUAUAAAUAGCUCUUAUUUUCCAUUGCUUAUUGCCUUGGAGUUCAGAGGAUUUCUCUUCUGGGGUCAUAAUUCUAUAAUUGCUUUGUUGCCGUUUCCUUAUAAUUGUAAGUAUAUGUUAAGUCAAUUUUCUGGGAAAGUAAUUAUGGAAGCUUGGCUGUUUACGUUAGUUAUACAAUGUGUGUAACAGUAAGUGGUAUUUUGCUUCCACAUACAAGAAAUUAUAAUCAAGUAAAGUGUCAGGAAAGAUACAUUGAGAUUGCUUGGCAUUUCCAAGUAGGUGCCAAUGUAUAGAUGCUAUUACACAUAGUGCUGCUGAUGUUAUGGACCAUAGAUUAGAUGACCCUGUCUAUAAUGUAAAACCUUUGUCUUGAGGUUUGAUCAGGGGGUGCAGUUGGUGCAUUAACCAACCUUUCUCACCAGCUUUGUGUGUUUUCAGUUGCAUUAUAUUUGUUGGUAUUUUUUGAUGUAUAUAUGUGUAUAAAAUGUUCUGAUCAGAACACAAAUCUUUCUAUGUAAUUUGAUGCUAAUAGAAUCUGAGGUACAUGUUUCUAACAAAAUGCCAUAAUGUUAGUUUAUGUUAUAUAUCAGUGUUGUAAUGCUAUACAUUUGUCUUAUGCAUAUAAGGUAUGUUUUAAAAUGAACGUGUUAGUUUUGAUUGAUUUUGUUGUUCCAAUUGGUAUAGAGCUAUGUGUGUGUUUGGUUGUGCUUGUCUUUGAGCUCUGUGAUCUAUGAUUAUGUUUAAUCUGCAGAAGGAAUCUGCAGUUACUCUAUGUUGGACUAACUGCAGUGUAUGCUCUGGGGUCUAUGUGUGUGGAAACAUUACCUUUUGCAAGUUUAAACACUGCAUGUUGCAUUUAUACGGAUAAAGACAGGCGUGUUGUUAUGUCUGUAUAAUAUCAUUUGCUGCAUUGGCCAUGGAAUUUGUCUUGUAAAUAUAUAGCUGAGAUGUUAGCUCUAUAACUUGAAAAGCCAGCCUAUGGCUUUCCUGAUCUAGAACUCUAGAGCCUGUUUGUAUCUCUAGAGAUGAUAUGAAUUGCACAACUACAGUUACUGGUCAGUUCUGGUUGGCUACCCAUGAAUUAUGCAUGUAUGUUUUUUUGUUGAAGACUGCAUUUAAUAAAUUUUUCUAAUGAGGAAUACAUUCUCUGCACUCCAUUUAGACUCCACAGAAGAUCCUAUGGUUCGAGGAUAUCUUUGGUCCCAUCUUUGCCCAUGUCUUUGCAGAACUGGUGACUCUCCUUUGAGAGACUCUGAUGUGUGAGAGAUGUCUCAGGCAUGGAAUGGCUCAACUUCCACAGAGCUACCUCCAGGAGGAAUCAUUGUACCAGUUGUCUUCUCACUAAUAUUUGCCCUGGGCACAGUGGGGAAUGGACUAGUCUUGGUCGUGCUACUGCGAAACGUACAGACCAAGUACAACACCACCAAUCUCUUCAUCCUGAAUCUGGGGGUUGCAGAUCUUUGCUUCAUAUUGCUCUGUGUACCAUUCCAGGCCACCAUAUACACUCUGGACGGAUGGCUGUUUGGGGCUUUCCUCUGCAAAGCUGUUCACUUCUCCAUCUACCUAUCCAUGUAUGCAAGCAGCUUCACCCUGGCUGCCGUCUCAGUGGACAGGUAAAAAAAACAAAGAGGGCAGAUCAGACAGAGGCUUAUUUACUAAACUCUGAAUUGCAGCAAAUGGAAAUCUGAAUUACAGAAUUUAGGGUAAAAUUGAUGAUCUGGAAACAUUCUGCAACUCAGUUAUUGUCACUGUGUGGCUAUUUUGAACCAAAUUUGUAAUUAAUAUUUAAAAUGACUAUAAUUCAGGGUUUAGUGAAGAAGACUCUCAGCCUUAAACUCACACUCUAUUCUCUGUAUUGAUUGUUAAUGGCAAUCUAAUUUUCUUAUAUCGAUUUUUGCUUUAUUUUUCUCUGUACCCCAAUGUUAAGUUAAUCGGUUUCCUUAAAACCAGUCCAGACUCAUCAUCUUCAAUUCUCUUUUGCAGAUAUGAUUCUGAGUGUGUAUGCCUCUCUAUCUAGCUUGUAAGCUUUCAUCUUUUUUUUUAUUACCAAUACAAUUGUAAUUUCAUCUCUUCAAUACAGGACAUUCUCUCUUUUUAUCACUAACUCUUUCAUUUUACCUGUAAUGUAAAAUAUGAUGGCAUCUUUUGUAUGUAUUUCCUAUCAUCAAUAUAUUAUUAUAUCCCCAAAUCUUUCCUUCCCAUUAAGAAAACUGCAGUCUGAAAAUCAGCAGGUAUAGAAUAGCCAGGGCAUUCCAUAAUAAAGACUAUCUUGGGAUCUAUUAGACAUUUAUUGUUGCUGAUAUUGUUACAAAUGAUUCUCACUUUAUAUUUCUUUCAGGAUUGUUAACUAAACUCAGAAUUUUAAUGAAUUAAAUCCUAAUAACAAAAUUGAGCCAAAAUAGCAUUUUUGGAAACAAAAACCCUGUAUAAUUCAUCUAUCAUUACAGCUGAUAUAUUUAACUCUCAGUCUUGCCUUUCAAAUUUAAUUUGCUAAAGUUCAGUGUAGUGAAUUUUUCUGUCACUAUAUCUUUGUUGUGAUUCCUUAAGCUCAUUGAUACUUUUAUUUUAUUUUAUUUUUUACCAUUGUUUGACUAAUCUUCUUUGAAUUACAUAUUAUGCCAUUUCCUGCUUGAUAAAACCGCUACAAUCUUUUUUACAUUAUUUCCAUGCUAUUUUUGAUGAUUGUCCUCUCAUCUAUCUUCUCUAUACUUUCUCUUCUCAAAUCUGUUUCUCAGAUUCAGUGCAUUUCUCUGCAGAGUUUAUUAAGUAAUCAGUUCCUUUGUACCAUUCCUCAUCAGGAGACAACUUGACCUUAGAAGAUGUGUUGUAUUCCACAAGUUGCUGCAUCUCCCAUUAUUUUUAUCAAUCUUCAUUUAGUCUAGUCUCACUUGAUAUUUCUAUUUGUCUAUAAUUUUCCUGCUCAAUAUUCCUGCCGUGUGAUGUACAUGCCAUAGUGAUGUAAGAUCAGACGAUGAAGGAUGGUUGGCCCACUGUCGUGAGCUAGACAUGUUAAACAUACAAAUUAUUUUGUAAAAAGAAUGGUUCAACCUGUAUUUAUAUUACAACAUUAACAUUACAUUUGGGGAUUAACCAAUGACACUUUGUGGCAUAUUUUAUUUAUUUAUUAUUUCCUAAUGGGGCACUAUAGGCACCCAGACCACUUCAAUGAGUUGAAGUGGUCUGGGUGCAUAGUCCCAGGACCGUUAACCCUGCAAAGGUAAUUAUUGAAAUUUUUAAGGGUUAACAUCACUUCUAGUGGCUGUAAGUAUUUACACCACCACCACUGGUCCAGAAAUGAUGGAUUUACAAUGGUGGUUUAGGAUAUAGAAAUUACCAUCAGUGGUCCAUGAUUUAGGAAUUACCAGGAGUGGUCCACAAUUUAGGGAUUGUCACUAGUGGCCACAAUAUAGCGAUUACACCAGUGGUCUAGAAUAUAGGAAUUAUAAUCAGUGGUCCAAGAUUUAGGUACAUACAAAACAAUAGGCGGAGCCGCUUUAAACCUUGAAUGAUCUGUAAAACACAAUGGUAUAUAUACAAAAUAGCGUAGUAUGUCUAUUCAAAUAGUGUAAGAUAAGAAGAGUAAGUAGUAGUUUCACUCACAAAAUUAGAGUCAUACCAUCAUAUGACUCUCUUAGUAUGCUUCCUUGGACCAUUCAGGGGUUGUCCAGACCCUUUUGCAGCCGGAUUCUUGGUAUUUCCCCUUUGUACUCUUUUAGUCGGUAUUCCCAAUAAGGCUGUAGAGUUUCCAAAUGGUCCUUUUUAGAAAAUGAUUUUAUUCAUAUAAAAAUAUAACAUAUACCAGAAACAACUGGUUAAAAGUAAAAUUAACAAAAGACUACUAAAAGUAAAAGUCCCUUUAAAAUGUCCUUAGUUAAAAAAAUGGAAUCCAAAACGCGUUUCGCCUAUUGCUCAGGCUUCCUCAGUUGGAUGUAGGGAUAACCACUAGUUGUCCAGGAGUUAUGGAUUACCACAGUGUUAAACAAUUUAGGGAUUCCCUUUAAUGGCCCAGGAUUUAGGAAUUACCCCCAGUGGUCCAGGAUUUAUGGAUUACCAUCAGUGGUCCACAAUUUAAGGAUUGUAACCAGUGGUCCAUGAUUUAUGGAUUACCACCAGUGGUCCAGGAUUUAGGGAUUCCCACUAGUGGUCCAUGAUUCAUGAAUUACCACCAGUGGUACAGGAUUUAGGGAUUCUCACUAGUGGUCCAUGAUUUAGGUAUUCCCACUAGUGAUCCAGGAUUUAGGAAUUACCACCAGUGGUCCAGGAUUUAGGAAUUAUUGUCAGGGGUUCAGGAUUUAGUGGUUACUGCCAUAAAUAACCCAUGAUUCAGGGAUUACCACAAAUGGUCCAUGUUUUAGGGGGUAAUCACUAAGGAUCCAAUAUGUAAAAAUUACCACCAGUCGUCCUUAAUUUAGGAAUUAGUGCAAAUGGCCCAGGAUUUAGGAAUUACUGUUUAGGGAAUUUAGAGAAUACCCAAUUAUUUUCUAAUAAUCAGGUAAACUGGUGGCCCUCAAGUCCUCUGGUUUGAGAAACACUCUUGCAGAGAACUUUGCAGUGUGUCAUCUGUGUCAUUUGGAUGAAUACAAAAGGCAAAAGAAAUGGUGUGGUGUGCUACAAUUACAUGUGUGAGCAUCAGCAAUGAGAUAAUAUCCAUACACUGGUUAUCGGUCUCCCAAAAUAUACUGGUAGUACUCCAGUUAGGAAAUGAUAUUCCAGCUUUUAAUCACUUUAAAAACAAACAUUAAACCAGGGUGUCUGAGUGAUUGUGUAUGUCUGGCUGUCAGUGUGUGUAUGUCUGUCAGUGUGUGUGUGUGUCUGAGUGUGUGUGUAUGUCAGUGUGUGUCUGAGUAAUUUUGUGUGUCUUGCUGUCAGUGUGUGCAUGUCAGUGUGUGUCUGAGUGAUUGUGUGUGUCUGUCUGUCAGUGUGUGUCUGAGUGAUUGUCUGUGUCUGGCUGUCAGUGUGUGUAUGUUAGUGUGUGUCUGAGUAAUUGUGUGUCUUGCUGUCAGUGUGUGUGUGAUUGUGUGUGUCUGGCUGUCAGUGUGUAUCUGAGUGAUUGUGUGUGUAUGUCUGUCACUGUGUGGCUGUCUGUCAGUGAUUGUGUGUGUCUGGCUGUCAGUGUGUGUAAGUCAGUGUGUGUCUGAGUAAUUCUGUGUGUCUCGCUGUCAGUGUGUAUAUGUCAGUGUUUGAGUGAUUGUGUGUGUCUGGCUGUCAGUGUGUGUAUGUCUGUCAGUGUGUAUCUGAGUGAUUGUGUGUAUGUCUGUCACUGUGUGGCUGUCUGUCAGUGAGAGAGUGUGUGUGUCUGUCAGUGAAUGUGUUUGUUUCUGAGUGAUUGUGUCCAUGAGGGAGCCUGUGUGUCUGAGUGAUUGUGUGUGUGUGUUUCUGUCUGUCAGUGUGUGUCUGUGAGUGAGUGUGAGUGUCUGUCAGUGAAUGUGUGUCUGCGUCAUUGUGUGUAUGUCAGUGAGUCAGUGAUUGUUUGUGUCAAAUCAGUGUGUGAAUGUCAGUGUAUCUGAGUGUGUCUGUCUGUCAAAGUGUGUGUUAGUCGUUUAACAGGAAGAGGUGUGGCAUUGAUAGGAAGGGCUGGGGCAAAUAUAAAUUAGGGAGUGCCCAAGUUCCGUCAUGCCUAGGGCAGCACAGAUACUAAAUACAUCACUGCAUAAAACAAAACAGUGUAAAACUGUUAGAUACAAUGAUAAAAGAUAAGGUAAUUUGGAUGAAUGCAAUCAUAAUGUCAUUCCUGUAACAAGGCAAAGAGUUCAGACCACAUCUGUUCAUUCAUCUUGUCACCUUAAAGGACCAUUGCACUUAUAGUGGCUCUGUCACCAAAAAUAAACUUCAUCUAAACUGUUUCUAUAUAGCUCCCUGUGUCUUAACCUAUUUUUAUUAAUUUUCUGAGCUCUAUAGUUUUCAUUACAUACAUAAAUAAAAGUUGGAAAUACAUUUCUUCAUGCAUAGCAGUCAGGUUGACAAAACUUGACAAUGGGAGGAGCAUAAAAAAAAGGUUUUGUUUCAGUUGCCAAUCAAAUUUACCCACAAUCCAUCGCUACAAUCAAUACUACAGAAGGGAAACUGCAAACUUUAUGGGCAAAGUAGAACAAAAUGUCUGCCCCCAGGUACUGAAAUGCAGCACAAGGAAGAAAAUAUAAUAUAUAUAAACAAAGGCAAGUGGCAAGGGGUUAAAUAUAAUCCUUGAAAUGCAGGGGGCAAAAAGUAUGAAAAAAACAAAUAAAAUAAAAUGACAGAUCCGCUUUAAGGAUUGUGCUGGGCAUUUCUAUUUUUUUUUAAAUUUUUUAAUUUUUUUUGCAUGUAUGUUCUUUAUAUAGCUAACUGUAGGGUUUACUCAGUAAAAAAAACAAAACUAUUCAUAAUGAAUUUAAAACUUAAUGGCAAAAUUUAGGCUAUAAUAUAUAAAAAAAAGUAAUUGCACAGGUAUAUUAUGUGAGAUGUACGGUUUAAUUUUCAAUUCAUCACAAUUUAAUGUUUAGUGAAGAAAACCCAAUGGUUUCCUGCAGGACGUGGAGUCGUAUUUGGCAUAUGAGAUUCUGAUGUAUAGCCAUAUCUCUCUAUAAAUGCUCUCAGCAUUCUUUAGCCUUGUAGGUGUCUCUCUCUUGGCUCAAUUCUAUGAGCCUGAUAAAACAAGUACUUCUGCCCAAGAGAAUUCUGUCCGCAUUCAAUUCCCUGCACCAGUGACUGAUUUUCACAUGGAGAAACACAGUAUAAAUGAUGCACACAUACACGUCAAGUUUAUUUCAUUUAAAGAGCUGGAUCUCUGUCACUGGCAUUUAAAUACCAUAAGAUCACAUAAGCAUAAAGAGGAACUAUAAUGAAACAUUUACUUUUCAUAUAUAAAAACAUCAUUUCCCUGUUUUGCUGGUUUUGAAAGGGAUUUCGCAGCCAGUCUUUAGUUUGUUAUGUAAACCAAUAGGAAUUUUAUAGUCAUGCAUAGCAUGCAUAGUGCACCCAUGACCUGAACUUUUCAUUCAUCAAAAUGACUCACUGAAUAAAGCAAAAGAAUGGACGCGAGUAGCAUUAUCAUGCAUGAAAGGCACAAGUAUUUGGAGCACGGCAUUAUGAGAUUAUGUUUGGCUAAGUGUAGGGGAUGGAGCUAUUGUUAGAACUAGUUAGUUGUUUGUGUUACAUCAUCUGGUAAGUUUAACUGGGAUUUGUUAUGUUUGCCAUGAUGAGGUUUGUUGUGCAUUUAAGUUGUAAACAUGCCCAGAGUGUCCCUAUAUUUCAUUUCUCCUAGUUUGAGAGAUUAAGCAUGUUUGAAUUAUUGAGACAUGUUAGUGACCUUACAUAAUUAAACUGCUGUCAUAUGUAACAACAGCAGUCUGAGAACCAACUGCCAUAGAAUAGCUACUCAAGGCUAUUGGAAUACAUUUAUCAAAUUGUUCCAAUAAGGGACACACCUGUUUUAGGAGAUAUGAUUGCCCUGUUUUCAAAGUCUUCAUUUAUUGCUUAUUUUUUAUCAAUGCUUUUGUUGGGCUUUUGGUGCCCAUUUUGCACUAGGAUUAUAUCCUUUAGCAAUAAAUUACCCUAUAUGCUGCAGUACUUAGGUCCAGCUGGUCAUGCAGCCUAGUAAAUGUUCCAAGAGUGUCUGAGCAGGAUUCUGGUGGAUCCUUCCAGUGCCAGGCCUCACCACCAUAGGCACAGUUGCUAUGCUGGUUGACAACUUUUCACCCGGCAGAGUUUAAACAUCCUGUUAUGAGGCUUAGCACAGAAGGAACAUGGACUCUACCAGGACCACAAUCUAGAGCACAGGAAGUGACGGGAUUCUCAUAUGGUGAAAGGCUAGGAAAGAUAGGUAUAUGCAUAUGUUGGAGUGUGAUAAGAAACAUUGGAAUGGGAGGGACAUAUGGAGAGAAAUGAGGCGGUUAGGAGAGAUACAAGAUGGUGGUUAUUGAUCGAUACAUUGGGAGAACAGGGACAGUUAUAGGAGAGCAAAGGAGUGAGGAGAAACACAAGAUUAAAAAUUGAUGUCAAGAAGCACAGGAGUGGGGGAUAUAGAAAAAGACCUAGGGAGAAGAAACACAGGAAUAAUGGAAUGGAGUAAGACAUGGGAGGAUAUGAGAAACAAAGGAGUGGAAUAGUGGUGUGGAAUGUUGCUGAGAGGCUAAGCAACUGCAUUAAGAUUUGGGGUAUUUUUGAAAAAAAAAUAGAGAAAAGCCCCAUUCACUGGUUAUAGAUGCCUCAGACAUGCAUAGUCUGCUCUUACAAGAUUUAUCAUAAUACCCACUGGUUUUGCAUUGGGUCAUCAUGUCCUGGAUGCCCUAAAACACAGGCCUGUCAUUGGGGAACAGCAUCGAAGGAUGGAGGCUGAAUCUUUGAAGUAGUUGUUUUUUCCUCAAAUACAUCUAUCUAUAUCAGUUGCAGAUGGUGAAGUUUAAAUAUGGUGUGCUACAAGACUCUACUGACAGAAUUUGACUUUGCCCUUUGACUUGUUGGACUCUUCCCACUUCACCCCAUAUACUCAACAACUGAAUCAACUAGACAUCAUUCCCUCUACAACACUAUAAAUUUACAGUUCAAAGUAUUUGGGAAACUACAACCAUUUUAAAGAGGUUUAACUUCACUCACUGAUAGUGUUACCCAAAGAAAGUACUAAAAGACAGAAGACAAUAAUCAGGUGGAACUAAACUGCAGAACUAAUCGGGAUGGAAACAUCAUAAUUGUAGCGGAACGCCAAUAAUAAAUCCACGAAUUCCGCUGGUCCAGAAACGAAUCCACAGUCAAGCGCUGAAAACAACAAGACAAUAUCCCCAACUUCCCAAUAACCGGACGAGACACAGUUUUGGGAGUCAACUGAAAUCCUUUUAAUCGGCAAGGCAAUUUAUACAAGUCCCCAUGCAAGGGGUUUGCUGAGUCCCUCCCCAGGGGCACUCCCAGAGGGGACUACAUGGGGGACUUACAGUACAACAUAUUUCUCCCAUCAGGCACCGCUGCACGAGAGGGAUCAUCCUCCCAGAAUGCACCGUUAAGGGGAUUAUCCCCUCGUGCAGCAGAACCGGCAAUUCACACAAAAAUCUAUAACUUUUAAAAUACACGGUGGAUUUACACGAAUGGACGUUCGGUAGAUAGCUGGGGUCUGGGCGCAUCAUUCGUGAGAUUGCCGCUCAGAUCCCAGCUAAAAUAACCGAACGCCGCACAGAAAACACAUUUCUUUCAAAACAUACGAAAAGAACCGAUUACUUUUAGUGAACACGGUCCUGAAAUUCCCGAACGUCCUGGAUGCUCAGCGGUGUUCGUGCCGUCGAAUAGCUAUUGGUAAUACUAUGCGUUCGACAACACGGACCCGCUGAGGAACAAAGGAUCCAAGAUGGCCGACCGCCGCAUGGUCGGUAGUCGAACGACGGCCACCCAGGAGAGCCUCUAAUAACCGAUUGCAACAAUGUUGCAAUCGGUUAACUAGCGCCACACGCCUCUAAGUGUGUGGGCUAUCAGGGGGUAUUGCGUUCGGUUCACGAACGGCUUUCUAAAGUGCCGUUCGUGAAACGAAAGAAAAUCCCCAUACAAAACCGCCAUUUGCAUUCGACUGAAACAGCAGUACAGGCAAUACAGAAAAUACAUGAACAUUUACAUAAGUGUGAAGCGCGUAUCUCGCCCGACCUAUUGGCAACCCUUAAAGGCACAGUCUCUAGUUCUUGUCCAAGUGGCUAGGUUUGCCACAAUGCUCCCCCAGAACCAAGCCGGCAUACACAGUCUGAUCCCAACGGAUCGGCUUGGGGAUGUCCGGAGGAGUGCUCACAGAUCAUUUCUCAAGGUCUGUUUGUCUGGACAACCCGUCGGCAUUACCGUUUUGUUUCCCUGGGAGGUAGUGGAUUGUAAAGUCAAAGGGCUGCAGCGCCAAACUCCAGCGCAGCAGCCUGGCAUUGUCUCCAGCCACACGGUUUAGCCACACCAACGGGUUGUGAUCUGUGAGCAAAGAAAAGGGUUGCCCAUAGAGAUACGGCUGUAACUUUUUCAGGGCCCACACCACGGCCAGGCAUUCCUUUUCUAUGGCGGCGUAGCUCACCUCUCGGGGUAACAGUUUCCGACUCAAGUAUGCUACGGGGUGUUCUCCGCCAUCGGCUCCGACCUGGCUCAGUACUGCUCCCAAUCCAAACAUUGAGGCGUCUGUGUGAACAAGAAAACGUUUAGUUGGAUCAGGAGCAGCCAGUACAGGGGCAUUGGUCAGAGCCGUCUUCAGCUGAUUGAAUGCCUGUUCACACUCUGGGGCCCAGACGACCUGCCGGGGCAGGUUUUUCUUCGUCAAAUCAGUCAGGGGUUUGGCCAGGGCACUGUAGUUGGGCACAAAUUUUCUGUAAUACCCUACGGUACCUAGGAAAGCCAGGACUUGGGUUUUGGUCCUAGGGGUAGGCCACUGGGCUACAGCUUCAAUCUUUGCGGGCUCAGGCUUCUGCUGCCCGCUACCCACCCGGUGUCCUAAGUACUGGACCUCUGCCAUCCCUAUGUGGCAUUUGCUGGGUUUCAAGGUAAGCCCUGCCUCUCGGAUCCGAUCUAUUACCGCCCCUAUGUGUUGUAGGUGCUCCGACCAGGUCUGACUGUAGAUGGCAAUAUCGUCCAGAUAUGCACACGCAUAGUCCUGGAACCCGUCCAGUAGCCGAUCCACCAUCCGCUGGAAUGUCGCGGGGGCGUUCUUCAUCCCGAAUGGCAUGACUCGAAAUUGGUACAAGCCAAACGGGGUGACAAACGCCGACUUAGGGAUGGCGUCCUCGGCUAGUGGAAUUUGCCAGUAUCCCUUACACAAAUCUAUGGUAGUGAGAUACUGACCCCUGGCCAUCCUAUCAAGCAGUUCAUCUAUCCGAGGCAUCGGGUAGGCGUCCGACACAGUUUUGUCGUUCAACCUCCGGUAGUCCACGCAGAACCUGGUGGUACCAUCUUUCUUGGGAACCAGGGGCUAUCUGAGUGUUCAAUAACCCCCAACUGCAACAUCUCUUCGAUUUCUUUCCUCAUAUGUUCCCGCACGGAUUCAGGAAUCCGAUAGGGAGUCUGUCGCAUGGGAAGCUGUCCCGGGGUUUCUACUCGGUGGGUGGCUAGUGGAGUGUACCCAGGUAGGUUAGAAAAGGCGGCGCCCUUGGUUGCUAUCAGUUCUUGUACCUGGAUACGCUCUUGAGGACUUAGCCGCUCCCCCAGUUGAACCCCCUGGGAGGGUUCCUUCUGCUCCUCCUGCUCUAACAGAUCUGGAAGGGGCAGGUUCUCCUGAUCUUCGGAGGCGGGCGUGCAAAUAGCUGCCACGUCCUCCGUCCGCUCGUGGUAGGGUUUGAGCAUGUUCACAUGGAGCAUGCGUCUCUUCCCUACUCCGGAGCAUGGGCCGAUCACAUAGGUGGUAUCGCAUCUCUGCUCUACCACCUGGUAUGGGCCCUGCCAGACGGCCUGCAGUUUAUCGGUGCGGACAGGUUUAAGGAUUAGCACCUUCUGUCCCACUUGAAAACUACGGUCUCUGGCCCCUCUGUCAUACCAACGACGCUGUCGUUGCUGGGCGGCCUGGAGGUUGGUGCGCACUGCCUGGGUCAAUUCCUCCAGGCGAUCCCGGAACGCCAGCACGUAUGGUACAAUAGGGGUCCCAUCUGCGCUACUCUCUCCCUCCCAAUGCUCUCUAAUGAGAUCCAACGGCCCCCGGACCCUUCUCCCAAACAAUAGUUCAAAUGGGGAGAAACCCAUGGACUCUUGGGGCACCUCUCUGUAUGCAAACAACAGAUGGGGAAGGAAUCGUUCCCAGUCCUUAUGGGUCUCUCCGAAUGUCCGGAGCAUCUGUUUUAGGGUACCGUUGAAUCUCUCACAUAAUCCGUUGGAUUGCGGGUGGUAAGCGGAGUUAAUGAUCGGCUUAAUGCCGCAUAUCUUCCAUAGCUGCUGAGUAACCUCAGCCGUGAAUUGGGUCCCCCUAUCGGAGACCAUUUCCUGUGGGAACCCUACUCGGGAGAAUAUCUUCAUCAAGGCUUCGGCUACGGUCUCAGCGUGUAUAUUAGUUAGGGCAAUCGCCUCGGGGUACCGGGUGGCGUAAUCCACCACAGUCAGGAUAUACCGUUUCCCAGAAGGGCUGGGUUUUGGUAGUGGCCCUACUAUAUCCACGGCUACACGGCUGAAUGGUUCCUCAAUUAUAGGUAGGGGACACAGUUUUGCCUUGUGGCGAUCCCCCCUUUUGCCUACCCUCUGGCACACAUCACAGGAGGUACAAUAUUGCCUCACGUCUUUAGAAAUCCCGGGCCAAAAGAAUGCGUGCGUUAAGCGAUACCGGGUCCGGGUCAUCCCUAGAUGGCCGGACAGAGGGAUAUCAUGGGCGAUUCUUAGUAACUCCUGCCUAUACUUCUGGGGCACUACUAGCUGCUUGGUUUGGAGCGUCACAGAGUUGCCUAUUGCCCUUUCCGCCACCCGGUAUAGUAACUUCUUCUCCCACCUGUACUGUUCUCCCUCCCGCCCCACCUGGUCCGUAUCUACCCUAUCUCGGUAUACCUGCAGUGUGGGGUCUGUCUGCACCUCUACUUCAAACGUGGACGGGGUGUCCCAAGUCAUGUCUGUCAAGGGGGGGUCAUGAUUUCUUACCUGAGCCUCAGAGUGUGCGGGGAAUGCCGUGGUGCGAGCCUGUUGCCGGGUGGUUACCGGAUGCGCCUCUUGUGACGGGGCCUGGGGUAGAAAAGCAGAAGUCAUCUGGCCCAAGUCAUUCCCCAAAACAACAUCGGCCGGUAGCUUUUUCAUUAUGGCCACUUCCACAACCCCCUCCCCAGCACCCCAAUUCAAAUGCACUUUGGCCGUGGGUAACCGGUACAUGGCUCCCCCUGCUACCCGGACUGCCACUGAUCCGCCAGUGUGGGCCGUAUCUGGAAUUAAAUGGGGGGCCACUAAGGUCAAGGUGGCUCCUGAGUCCCGCAGCCCCUGCACUUCUUUCCCUCCCACAAACACAACUUGGCGGUGAUGCUGCCGGUUGUCCGUGGCUUGCACAGACAUCACCUUGUACAGAACCCCCAAUGGUUCCUCGGUUGGUAGACUUGUCAGCUCCGAGUGGUCAGGUUCUGCGUGGUAGAAAUGGGCCGCCGCCCUGGGAACGGAAUUCUGCCGUACCUGGUUCCACGCCUGCCUGCUACGAUUCUGGGUGCACUCCCGGGACAUAUGCCCCCACUGCCGGCAGGUAUGGCAUUGUAUGUUGGCCCUGCCAUUGUAGCGGGCUGGCGGUGGGGGGUUUCCUGGUGGUGGCCUGAAUGGGGUAGAGUUGGCGGGUGUGGAGCUGGCUGGGUUGUGUUGUAUUGGCGGUCUUAGGGGACCCCUGUUGGUGAGCCCAUGGUGUCUCCGGGCAUCAAAGUGUUCGUCUGCCAAUCGGGCGGCUGAGUGAGAGGUUUUCUGUCCCUUACCCACUCCUGUGCCUCUGGUGACAGGCCGUUGAAGAAUUGCUCCAGCAAGAUGAGUUGGCGCAGUUCCUCCAUGGUGGUGGCUUGACUUGCCUGAAUCCACCCUUGCGAAGCUUGGUCCAGCUUAUGCGCCCAUUCUGCGUGGGAAUCUCUUUCGGGCUUUUUCAAUCCCCGAAAUUUCCGUCGGUAUGCCUCUGGGGUUAUGGCAUAUCUUUCUAGGAUUGCUCUUUUUACUUUAAAAUAGUCUUUGCUGUCCUCUCUGGGCACAGCGCGGUAAGCCUCUGCUGCUCGUCCCGCCAACUUGCCUGCCAGUAGGGGUACCCACAUUGCCGGUUCCAGAUCGUGCAGGUCGCAUAGCCUCUCGAAAUCCUGCAGAUAUCCGUCUAUCUCAUCCUUCUCCUCGCAGAAUGCUUUAAAUGCCUGGUACGGUAUUUUCUGCUUCGUUGGAGGGCAGAAUGGGUUGCUGAUGGAUUCUGCCCUGGAUGGUGACCUCUGGUGUUGCUGUGCCAUAAUGUAGUCCUGGACGUCGGCCAUUAGCACGGUUAAGAUGUCCAGGGUUACUGGCUGUGGUACAAAUUCCAGCCGGGUUCUCAGUUCCCUCUGGUAUGGUGUUUCCUCUCUAGCAGGUGGGGGCGGACUGCUGUGUGCUUGGUCGCCCUCCAUUAGCUCUGCAAUCAGUACUGCCUUCGAUUUGUUGCUAGCGCUUUUCCCUCUAGCCUCCAGCAGCUCCUUUAGCGUCUGUCUCUUUAACGCCGUGUAAUCAGUCCCCAUUCACUGAUCGCUUUCGUCUGCUUGUUUCAUACGAAUUGCCUUUCCGUUCGGUUGUUCAUUUCAUUCGAAUGCGCUGUAUUCGGCUGUAGAGUUGGAUCCCGUCGCUUGCCACCAAUUGUAGCGGAACGCCAAUAAUAAAUCCACGAAUUCCGCUGGUCCAGAAACGAAUCCACAGUCAAGCGCUGAAAACAACAAGGCAAUAUCCCCAACUUCCCAAUAACCGGACGAGACACAGUUUUGGGAGUCAACUGAAAUCCUUUUAAUCGGCAAGGCAAUAUAUACAAGUCCCCAUGCAAGGGGUUUCCUGAGACCCUCCCCAGGGGCACUCCCAGAGGGGACUACAUGGGGGACUUACAGUACAACAUAUUUCUCCCAUCAGGCACCGCUGCACGAGAGGGAUCAUCCUCCCAGAAUGCACCGUUAAGGGGAUUAUCCCCUCGUGCAGCAGAACCGGCAAUUCACACAAAAAUCUAUAACUUUUAAAAUACACGGUGGAUUUACACGAAUGGACGUUCGGUAGAUAGCUGGGGUCUGGGCGCAUCAUUCGUGAGAUUGCCGCUCAGAUCCCAGCUAAAAUAACCGAACGCCGCACAGAAAACACAUUUCUUUCAAAACAUACGAAAAGAACCGAUUACUUUUAGUGAACACGGUCCUGAAACUCCCGAACGUCCUGGAGGCUCAGCGGUGUUCGUGCCGUCGAAUAGCUAUUGGUAAUACUAUGCGUUCGACAACACGGACCCGCUGAGGAACAAAGGAUCCAAGAUGGCCGACCGCCGCAUGGUCGGUAGUCGAACGACGGCCACCCAGGAGAGCCUCUAAUAACCGAUUGCAACAAUGUUGCAAUCGGUUAACUAGCGCCACACGCCUCUAAGUGUGUGGGCUAUCAGGGGGUAUUGCGUUCGGUUCACGAACGGCUUUCUAAAGUGCCGUUCGUGAAACGAAAGAAAAUCCCCAUACAAAACCGCCAUUUGCAUUCGACUGAAACAGCAGUACAGGCAAUACAAAAAAUACAUGAACAUUUACAUAAGUGUGAAGCGCGUAUCUCGCCCGACCUAUUGGCAACCCUUAAAGGCACAGUCUCUAGUUCUUGUCCAAGUGGCUAGGUUUGCCACAAUAAUUUAUUCAUAUAUUCUGGAAAAGGAUACAAAUAUUUAAAUCUGUUCAGCUUCUGUUUGGAGGCAUCCCUGCAGCAAAGUGUGAAUAGUUUAACACCUCAUACAAAAUAUUUUCUACAAAAGCAAAAGGAUUGAGAACUAAUUACAAGAAGAGCCCUAGCUAAUGAAAAUAUUGGAAUGAGACAAGCUUGAUAUGGUAAUUAAACAUGAUACACUCAUAAACAUGCAGAAAUGGUUUGCCCAUUUAGAAAUACACACACAAAAUGUCUUCUAUAUUCUAAUAUAUCUCAGAAUCUGUCUUGACCAUAAAUAGAUAAGCUGGUGUUGGUGAACAGAUAGGGAAGUGAAAGUGAUGUAUUGAAUAUAUGUCUUGCUUGUUGAGAUGGCAGCUGAUCAGGGGCUAAUAGGAAAGACAGAAACAAGGGAGAAAGGAAUACAUCUCUCACAUAUAUUGUCUAUGUACCACUGUAAUGAGUUUUUAGAUGGCGUAUUGCUUCAUCAGAAGACACUGUAUGUUCGUCAUUCACUGGGCACGUGGUAAAUAAAUUUCUUGUUGUUGUGUUCCAGAUUGCCUGCAGGGAGGUAAAUUUGCAAUCUCAUCUACAGAGCAUUGUUAUAGAAGACCAACCAUAAAAAUGCCAGUGAUUUGCUUACUGGGUUAUUAUUCAUACCACCGAUAUAGCAGCAUUUACUAAAGUGGGAAUUAAGAAGAUUUAACAAGUAAAUUGGCAAUUUUAGGCUAGGAAAGUAACGGAGACGUAGAAUCUUUCUACAUUUUUUAUCCACUUCAUUUUUCUUGAUUACCGCGAUCUAGAGUUUUAGAGUUAGCUUUUUGCCCAUGAUCACACCCAGAUUUACCACGUCAAUUAGCUUUUCAAUAAUGCUUCCACUGCUCACUUUAAAACAGUACAAGGAUCACACCAAUCAAGUCAAGGAUGACAUGGAGAUGGAGCCAAAAAACAUGUCCCUUUAUUAUUAAUAUAGGUAUUGGCCAGUCAUUGUUUCUUAAAGAGUGAGGCAUUUGUGGCAAGCUUCGUGUUAACCACAAUAUCUGAAAUUGCCAAAACCAGCACUACAUGUAUAAUUACACACAAAAUUAAGGCUGCAACUUUAGAGACUACUAAAGUCUAAGCAUCCAGCCUAAUACAACUAAUAAUGUAAUAUCAUUUAUGGGAUUUGAACAGCCCGAUAAACAGUAGUCUACAUUCCAAGAUACAAAUGACCAGUACUGAUGUUGCCAUAAUGUUCUUGUUAUUUUAUUCAUUCCAUUUACAUAUAGUGUUUUAUCCACAGCUUUUAAAGUGGUUAAAAACAACUUAGGACCUACAGCUUUUUCCUGUAGAGUGGAUGAGAUACGAGUUGUGGAGGAGUUAUCUACUGAGGCCUGAAACUCUGGUGUGGUAUAUCUGGAGUUAGAUAGAUUCUCAGGGUUAUCUACUAAAGUGAGAAUUGUCUAGAAGUCAAAGUGUAUUUGAUCUUUAAGGAUAAAAUAGCUGAACUGGAAACAUAGCUAACUUGGAGAGUUUUUCCAGUUCCCUUAUUUAGAUUAUAAGCUUGUUUGGACGACACCUACUGUUCCCAUAUAUAACACAUUUUUGCUAGAAUUAAACGUUUAUCUUGUUUACAUAUUGUACAGUGCUGCAGAAUAUGUUGGUGCUACAAAAAUAAUUAUUAUUAUGUCCUUAAAUGUUAAACUGAAUUUACUUUGGAUUCCCCACAAUUCUCACUUUAGGGAUUAACACUGUAAAUGUCUAGGGCUGGAAGAACGGUAGAUGUAGGAAUUCCAUUAAUGUUAAAUAUGGAUUCUCAAACAUCUGCUUCUGUCACUUUAAGCGUAAGAAUCCUGCAAGGAAUUUGAAAUACAGUACAGCCUGCCGAUUUAUAUAAUAGGGAUUUUAAAUGUGGCACAAAAAAAGCAACAUAGUUUAGGGGAUUGGGAAUAGAUUUUGCCUGGUCAAAGACAUGGCACCUUUAGUACUAUGUUUUCAGACCUUGGGAUGUCUGAUAUUAUAGCUAAAAUAAUUAUUUAAACUAAAAAGACAUGUCCAGCUUUGUCUAUUAGAAAAUAAACAACUGCAAUCUGUCCAGAAUAUAUUUGAUGAUAUAAGUAAAAUAAGACAUGCUAAUGUCAAUGGACAACAACAUAUUAACAUUGUCCAAACGUUAAAGGACCACUAUAGUGCCAGGAAAACAAACUUGUUUUUCUGGCUCUAUAAGGUCUUUGGGUCCCCCCCACCCACUGGGUCCCAAUUCCGCCGAGCUGAAGGGGGAGGAAGGGGUUAAAUUCUUACCUUUCUCCAGCGCCGGGCUCCCUGGGCGCUGGGGACUUUCCUCCCUCUUCCGACGUCCUCCACUGAAUGUGCAUGCGCAGCAAGAGCCGCCCGCGCAUUGUCAGUCCAUAGGAAAGCAUUUCUCAAUGCUUUCCUAUGGAUGCUGGCGUCUUCUCACAGUGAAAAUCACAGUGAGAAGCGCAGAAGCGGCCUCUAGUGGCUGUCAAUGAGACAGCGACUGGAGGCUGGAUUAACCCUGAUGAAAACAUAGCAAUGUCUCUGAAACUGCUGUUUACAGCUGCCGGGUUAACCCUAGAUGGACCUGGCACCCAGACCACUUCAUUGAAUUGUCAUGUAUUUAUUUCUUCACAUUCUACUUUUAGGGUCCUUUAUCGUUUCUAUAUAUUACAUAGGACACUUUCUAUCAUUAUAUUUGUUCUGUUUUAACAGUAUCUAUAACUGUUUGGUAUGGGCUUUGUCCCAGCUGGUAUAGUCACACUCUGGCAUAGGGAUGGACUUGACGUUGUUUGGCCAUAUGAAGUGACCAAAUCCCUGCAUUCUUACUUGAGAAAGGCAAUUUGUAAGUAGUCUUAGAAGAUUUGAAGCUGUAGAAGAUUUUGUGGAAGCUGUUCCCUUUUUGUAAUUAUGUCCUAGCUGGUGUCAGGCGAUGGGAUCAGUAACAGGAUUAUCCUCUAGAUCGGAAUGCAAACACAUGGAUUUCUGUACUAAUGGGGAGGGUUGCAAUCAUGCCACGAGGUUGAGGCGAGCAUACUCAUUCUAAUAUGUUUAUAAUUAGGUGGACAGGAUUUCCGAAAUACCUUCCCUCUAAGGUUAAACUUUGUUUGCGGUUAAAGGACCACUCUAGGCACCCAGACCACUUCAGCUUAAUGAAGUGGUCUGGGUGCCAGGUCCUUCUAGGGUGAACCCAUUCUUUUAUAAACAUAGCAGUUUCAGAGAAACUGCUAUGUUUAUGAAUGGGUUAAGCCUUCCCCUAAAUCCUCUAGUGGCUGUCUCAUUGACAGCCGCUAGAGGCGCUUGCGUGCUUCUCACUGUGAAAAUCACAGUGAGAACACGCAAGCGUCCAUAGGAAAGCAUUGAUAAUGCUUUCCUAUGCGACCGGCUGAAUGCGCGCGCAGUUCUUGCCGCGCGUGCGCAUUCAGCUGACGGGGAGGAGAGGAGGAGGAUCGGAGGAGGAGAGCUCCCCACCCAGCACUGGAAAAAGGUAAGUUUUUACCCCUUUCCCCCUUCCAGAGCCAGGCAGGAGGGGGUCCCUGAGGGUGGGGGCACCCUCAGGGCACUAUAGUGCCAGGAAAACAAGUUUGUUUUCCUGGCACUAUAGUGGUCCUUUAAUAACAUUAUACCAAGAGAAUUAAAUCUACCAGGACAUCACAUAUUUAAAAGAUUGUAAAUUAAAUUUAUCUAGAUAGGGCAGAAAUGUCUUUGUAUAAAGAUAAAGUAAAAAAAAGAAAAUUCUUCACCAAAUGGUCCCCUCUCAUUCCUUACCUACUUUGCACUAUUCACUAUAGGCUCCAACCCACCUUUCAACUAUACAAAUUCUUUGUAGGUGGCACUCAUGUGGUAAUGAUAGCAGAUGAGCAAAGUUGCCCAAAUGGGUGAGGGAAAACAGAUUGAAUUUACAUUUCUCCUUCAUUUCAUUUGAUCUGUUAUACACGCAUAUUUCAAAUACAUAACUCCCAAGUGUUCCUAUUUUGGAAGGAAAGGAAAAAAUCUCAGGCACUCACUCUGAUCCGUUAAGCAGCUUUAAUGGAUCAGCAAUGUAUUUUGGAAGGACAUUUUCGAUUUUGGGCCCAUAUCCCUUUGUUCCUUUUUUCAAUCCGAACAUCCCUCUUUUCUAGGAGCUCCAUGUUGUUGAUGGGGCUGAUGGUAUAUUUGAGUCCCAUAGGAAUAACACUCACAGUAAUGUGUUUUAACUACAAUAAAUGAGUUUAGAAAGUAGUCUUUGUAAGAUAUAUAGUUCUUCUUCUACAUUACACUUUUAUUGCUAAUUUACCUUAAUUUUCUCAGAAUACCUACAUCCGUAAAAUUAUUGUGUCCCUCAUUGUCCAUUUAAAAUGUUGGGAGGUAUACACGUUUCACCUUUAUAUAUAUGUACUUAAUAUGUAUCACUAUGUGCUUUAUUUUUGCUGUGUCUUUUUUCCUGUCUUCAACGAAAAUUAUUUAACAAAGAAGAUUAUUACGGACAGUGUACCUAUAUGACUUAAUAAGACAGGACAAUUAUAACAAAUUUUUUUUAUAAACUACCUUAUGAAUUAUUCAUAACCAAUGCAAGAGUACUGUGGCAAAAUGUCAGAAGUAGUACAAACAUAAUGCUAGUUGUGGGCACAUUGUAACUUUGCAAACAAUCAUUUAAAAAAAUAAUGUUUUUUUAGGAACUGUGUUGAUAAACAGUUUAUAUGUGACCUCUGUAUACCCAUAGGUAUCUUGCAAUCCGUUACCCUCUGAAGUCCAGAGAUCUUCGUACAUCUCGGAAUGCCUUGGCUGCAAUUGGAGUCAUAUGGGCCCUAUCAAUCUUGUUUGCAGGCCCUUAUCUUAGCUAUUAUCAUAUAAUCCUCUACAAUCAAGUGCCCAUCUGCAUCCCUAAUUGGGAGGACAGGAGGAGAAAGAUCAUGGAUGUCUCCACCUUUGUCUUUGGGUAUCUUCUUCCUGUGCUCAUCCUUGGACUAUCUUAUGCGAGAACCAUCUGCUUCUUGUGGACAUCUGUAGACCCAGUAAAAACAGCCUCUGAAUCCCGAAAAGCUAAACACAAAGUAACAAAAAUGAUAAUUAUCGUAGCAGUGCUUUUCUGCAUCUGCUGGUUGCCUCACCAUCUGGUCAUUCUUUGCUUCUGGUUUGGUCAUUUUCCCUUCAACAGAGCUACCUAUGCUUUCCGCCUGGUUUCACAUUGUAUGUCCUAUGCCAAUUCAUGUCUCAACCCUAUCGUAUAUGCGCUCAUCUCUAAACACUUUCGGAAGAGAUUCAAGCAGGUCUUCACUUGUAUGCUUACUCAGAAACGAGCACGCAAUAAAGUCCAUGCGGUACAGGCAGUCAACACAGUAGGUGGCUUUUAUGCUGCCCACACUGAGGUGACCCAAGUUCAAGAAGAUUGUGGUCGUGCAGGGAGGAUUCCAAGAGAGGAUGCAGUUGAGAGUGGAAGCCCAGGGGAGCAGUUGAGCAGUAGAACGGGUGGUGGGAAUUGGGGAAUACGUCUUCCUAAGGCUGAAGGAUUUCAAGCACAGACAACAUAAGAGAAGCUUCUAUCUAGAAAUAGUUGGUAAACAUUUUGGUAGCAGUAGAAGCACACAAGUAAUACUGCCUUACUAAAAAUGGUCUUAAUGUAGGUACUUCUACAAUUUAUCUCUGUGACCUUAAACACAAACUUUGUACCUCAAAUAUAAAAAAAAAACAGAUUGUAUCUUUUUUGAAACACAGACUGAUAAUGUUCUCCAAGAAACAAAUAGAAGAAAAUAUUAUGGGUGGUAAUUUUAAAAGCGUGCAUUUAUCAGGUCUAAAACAUGAUCUAAGGGUAUACUAAUAUUUGUUGACAGGCCUUGCUAUGCUCUCUUAUCAUUCUGCCGUUCAACUUAAAUUGCUAGAAUUUCUACGUUUCUACCUGGUGUUUAAGACCUUGCAAUGUAUAAUGCUGCUAAAUAUUUCUAAUGGCAUGUAUGUGUUCAAAUCAAGUUAUAUAUUCAUUUAUUACAAAAAAAUGCUUUUUUUUGUUGUUGAGAGGAGUACAUUUUCCUCCAGAGUCCUGUCUAGAAGGGAAAAAUUAGGAUGAAUUAUUAUCAAUUUGUUCAUUAAUUAUGUUAAAUUCCUACACAAGUCGUGUGUAGUGGGGAUUUAAUUGAUACUUAAAGUGUAUUUCGUAUACUAUUUACAUUAAAUAUGUUGAUAUGAAUCAGUGACACAUCUUACAGUUUUAACGUAACGAUUUUAAAAAAACUUCAUACGUGACUCCAAAGCCAACUGAUUUGGAAUACCAUGAAUGUCUCACAGUAGGAAAAUGUAUUUUAUUAAGAAAAUGUAUUUUUUAGGAUUUACGUAUAAGAUAUUCAAAAUGGUUUCUGCAUUUUGAAUAUAAUAAUGCAAAUAUUUUCACAUGUAAAUUGCAGAUCUCAUUAAUACACAAUAAAAAUGCACCUGUUACAAUAAACCGAUAAGCAACCCAAAAGAACAAAAUUGAAUGCUGCAAGAUUGAAAUAACUGUUUAGUUAUCCUUUAAUUUAUAUAUUCUGGUUCUUACUACAUACAUAAUUACUUGCAUGGCAUGCAACAUCUAUUAUAGCGUCCAUGGCAGUCACAAUGUCAAGAUAAGCCACUAUCCUGGGAUAGGACACUUUUCUUACUAACAGACUAUUAUUGAUUGUACUGAAAAAAUUUUCAAGUCCCAUAAACGUAUAUCUCACCAGCAGUCUAGAGUGUCCUUCAAUCUCUCAUAUUGAACCGUUUGUGGAUAUCAAUAAUGUGAAAGAGGCAUCUUGUGCAUUAUGGGUACAUAUUUCUAAC